GACUUUGUUGUAUGUGAGUAAUGCUAGUUAACUUUCCAAGAGUCUUUUUCCAGACAACUGGCAUGAAUGUGGGUCAAAUGUGUAGGACUUCAAAUGUUUAGACAGCUUUCAGUUUAUAGUUUGAACCCGUGUCUGAGUGAUCCUGCAGCUCUGUGUGGUUUGCUGUGACGCUGGAGGGCUGGUCCACGGAGUAUAAUGAAGAGUCCCAGUCGCUCUAAUGGGAGUGGGCGAGCUGGGAUAGGCUGGGAGUUUGGUCGGAGCAGUCAGCGGGACGGGACAAGGAAACGGGGAAACGAAAAAACCGACAGAUUAGUAACUUCUGCCUGCUGGUCGGCUGAAUGUUGAACAGGAAAUUUGACGUGGACAGCCUUGCGGAAAAAGAGCAUUUGUUGCAUUCAGGGUCACGGAUCUGAACGGCGCGGAUGACAAAAGAAGCGUCGCCCUGCAAACUUUCUCAACCGGGUUUGAUCGCUCGUUAAACCCCGUCGGGAUUUCUACCUUUUUUGUUUUUCUGACGGAGGCGUCAAUAAGAGGACAUCAUGCCACGGCGUACCGUGCAAGAAGUGACAGUGCAAGAUGUCCAGAAGAGGAGAAAUCCGAACAAACACUAUGUGAGUCCACCUCCAUGAUCAGAACAGCAGCGAGCAACACACCGGGGUUAAAGCAGUUCUCCUGCCUUUCCGGUCGGGUAAAGUAAUAACAAAGAGAGUGUCAGAUUACCGUGGGCUACACUAAGUCUGCCGGAGUGGACAGUUAGAUUUUGUUGUUUACAGUUGUCAUGAUUUUGUGAACCAAACUGAUUGAACAGAUCACAGCAUGCACAUAAUAGAUAUCUAUACAGUUAAAGUUGAUUCUGGCUGCUUUAAGGAGUUGCACAAUCUGGUUGUGGUUCCCUGGUCAGGCUAGGUUCAUGAAUGUUUUUUCUUUAUCCCACGAAAUAGUUGGAGGGCUUUAUUUCAGACAACUCUUGUGUUUUAUUCGUUUUAGUGAGGACAGUUGUUUUGGGUAGGCUACACUCUAAAAACUCGGGUUAUUUCUUCAACCCAGUUCCUGGGUUAUACGUGUUGAGUUAAAUUUCUGGGUUAUUUUUCAGAUCCAUCCUCAUUUCCUCAUAUGGAUUCUAUUGUAACCCAAUUUGAGGGUUUUUUGAAUGGGUUCAUAAUUAUGGGUUAUUUCUCUGAGAGUAACUCAAUACUUGUGUCAGAACGUUGGGUUCGAUUGAUUCUACGUGGUUUCUAGACCUAACGGCAAUUAAAGUGACCUGGUGACCUUGUGAAUUUUGACCUUGAUUUUGUAUACAAUAUGAUAUUUAUUUAUUUAUUUAUUUAUUUGGAGUAAAUGAAGGUAGCUACCUGGUUAUGUAUUGGGCGGAUGGGGUAGCUCAGCAGGUAGAGCAUCUGGCUCCCAAUCGGGGGGUUGGGGUUCAAAUCCCGCAUCUGUAAGGAGCUAACUACAUCUACCAGUGUGGGUCCCUAGGCAAGACCCUUAGCGCUAAGGCCUACCUCAUUAACAUGAGUGCGCUACAAUUGAAAGCCCAAGCUCCCCAAAUGCAUUUAUCAACUUAACCCAAGAUCAUGAGUCAAAUUAACUCGAAGGUUGGGUUAAGUCGACCCUCAACAAGGGUUACUGAGUCACUCCAAAAUCUGGCUUCAUUUUAAUAACCCAACAUUCUGGGUCAAAAUAAUCCAAUAAGUAGUCAGUUCCUUUUCAACCCUGGUUUUGGGGUUUUUAGAGUGUAUGAGGGGCACACAUAUCUAAAACAGCCCCCCCUCCUUGGGUCUGCAUGAGUUAUAGUAUCACAUGAAUAUGAGCACAUUGUUUUUGUUGUAGUUACUGCUGUUCAGCUUCAGCUGUCUUGACAAACUCUCCUCCCAUUUUCCUCCUAAAACUGUUGCCAUCAUGGUGGAAAAUCCCAGAAAACCUCUUAAUAGGCGAAUCAGUUCAGCUCACUAACAGCUCAGACUAAUCCCCAUGAGGAUGGAGUUCAAUUUGAGCAUCAGAGCUUUGUCAUGCUUGAGGCUCCUGGAAACAUACCUGCAGGCACUGACGACCAGGAAGUAACAGUGAAGUCAUCAGUUACCAUUGGGUAAUGUUUAAACAAAGGGAAAACUUCACCAUGUGGCAUUUUAUAGUUCAGUGACUCAGUUUAUAGGACCAGUAUGCAUUCAUGAAGUGUUUAUUAACCUCUGGUAUCACUUUAAUCUUGUUUACACUUAAACCGUUAUGUCAAUAACAUGCUCACUUAAGAAAUAAAGCUAAAAAAAUAUACUUCAAUAUUAUUGGAUUGUACUUUUUUUGGGCUCAUUGUUUUGGUCCACAUCUUUUCAAUUAUUUUAACCCUUUCAGUGCCAGGUUUUUGCGAUGAUGCUAGCCUGUUUUUGGAUGAAAAAGAAACUGAAAAAAUGGAUUAUCUAUAAUACACUACAUGCAAAAGAGAUUUCUUUAUGCUGAAUUAUUACAGCCAAGAAUAUGUCAAUGAACACAUGCAACAUUGACAUUUUUGCAUUAUUAAAUUUUGCAUGAUGUCAAAUUCUCUUACUUAACUUAACUGUUAUGAGCACAACAUGCCAGUUUUGGAGUCUAUUUAUUUAAAAUAGUCUUUUUUUAGUAAACUUAUUGAUCAUUACAGUACAGCUCUUUUAGUAGAUGAGACAUAAAGUGUUGGCAUUCUGAUAUCUAAAAGAGGUGCCAGGUGAUAAGGAUUGGAUAAACCUCUUUAACAGUAUCUCUGUAGCCACAGAGAGCCGGUGCCAGUUCAAGAGACGUUUUCCAGUCACAACACUGUGUUUGUGUGGGAAGAGGAAGGAAACAAAUACUCAGGAGACAAGAACCAAUGUGUGAAAUUAUUUUUCUUGUUAAAAGUAUAAUCACUCACUGCGAACUCUGAGUGUGAGACAAGAACGUCAGCAAGACAAAGACUCAUAUUGCUCGCUUUCUGCAGCUGGAACACAAUGGAGCUUCAGUCAUUCUCGUGGGAGUUCAUGGGACAAAACAUGUGGCUGAAUUUCUCUGCAGAAGAACUCACAGUCAGUUCAAAGUAACACAUAUGACAUCAUGUGAUCCAGAGAGCCAACAGUGAGAGCCAAUGCCAAGGCCUUAGCAGGUGCUCAUGUUCGUGUCGUGUACAUGGUGUGUGCCUGUGUGUGCGUUUGUGUGAAUACGUUGCUUGCACUCUUCUAUGUGUGAAAAUGAUGCCUGGGGUUAAGGGACUAACAGACCCUACACCGCUGUGAGUGUUAGCGGUCAAGGACACAGAGUCCUCCGGGUCCUGUGUCUCCUCCAUCUGUCUGUUAGGGCUUGGGUGUAGCCUCAGUUUUUGUGACCAUGUGACAUCUCUCAAAACCUUGGCACUGUGGUGCACAGAAGAACUAACUCAAAACUCCUCCGGUCACCGGAUUGGAAUGUUUUAUUUACCACGUUAAGUGGGGCCUAAAUAUAGACAAGAUUGUUAUUGCCAUGGAUAGUGUUUCAUUGACUAGAAAAGCUUUUAUUGCAUUCCUCUCUAGAGCUAUUUUGCCUCAUUCGCCAUAGUUCAUGUGGCAUUUGUAGUUUACAAAGCUUAUUUGUCUUAUUACUUUGAUUUACUAUAGCAAAUGCAAAAAAAAAAUCCUCAUUAUGUGGUUUUUAUUCUUUAAAAAAUUGCCAGAAAGAAUAUUGUUCGUUAUUUACUUCCUCUCUCUCUUAUGUUCAUCCAUAUGGCCCCACCUUGGCGUACACAAACGCUAACACACAGGAUUUGGUAUAAGCCCUGUUUCUCUCAAUGAUAACAGUCGCCCUGCUGGUCUGUGUAGCUCCUGUAGUUGGCUCAUGCUUGGCCGUAUCUGACUCCAGUGCCUUGAAAGAAAGAAGGAGGCCAGGAAAGGUCUGGGAGUGGGGCCAGCAGCAUUCAGCCAGACACAGCAAGUCACUGGGGAGUUUCCAAUCACCUCCCUGCUUCUCCCCUCAUCUUCUUCUUCUUCUGUAGUGGGGAAAAUGAAGAACUGUAUCUGUUUCCUCUAGACUUCACAGAUUAGGCUGAAUGCUUUUGGUUUGAUCUGUUUUAAUUUUCCACAGUCGUUGAAAGAAGUUGGUGGAAUUAGCAGUUUCACGUCUAAAAGCAGUGCAAGUUUUUUUUUUUCCUAUGUUGACAAUAUCCCUGUGUAUUCAAACUGUGCUAAGCGACUCUAAACACAUUCAGAAGUAGAUGGUUUGUUGUGUUGAAGGCCUCACAUUAAACUGAUGUUUUGUUGUAACCAUGUUUUGAGCAAUGCCACAAGUGUUAAUUUAGAAAAGGUCACAUCGUCAAACCUGCUGCUGUGACUCAGGAUAAUGACUUCCUCUUCAGCAGGAAGUGGUUUAAAUACAUUAGGAUAUGAAACAAUCGGAUAUCCUAUCGUGUUUAUGAGAACAGAUGAUGAUACUUUUCUGAUUAAACUGCCUUUCAUCACUCUGCCCUCUAAAGAAGUCAGAACAGUGACCCAAAUUACGUCAGCAAUACGUCAAAUAUAACAAUCUGAGCUGUUUGGAUUGCUGAAAAGUUUGUUUAUGUGUCUUUGAAAUCAUUUAAAUGUAGUUAUUUUUUAUCUUUUGCUUUUCCAGGUUUACAUCAUCAAAGUGUCCUGGAGCGAUGGCAGCACUGAAAUCAUUUUCAGACGCUACAGCAAGUUCUUUGACUUGCAGGUAAGUGAGCGAGCAUGUCAAAGUGUGCAUGUUUAACUGUGUGUUUGUGAGCCUAAAGCUAUACUCAUAGACUGUAUAUACUAUAGAUAACUUGGUUCCGCCCUCCGCCAGUAUAUGUAUUUAAAGCCAAAAAGCAAUUCCGCGUUUUUCUCCAUUUCCUGAAACCAGCAUCGAUUUAUGACCUAUACUGCAGCCUGUCACCAGAGGGUGCUAGUCUCGGGGUGGCUUCACCCAGCGAGGAGGCAGACGGCGUCCAUUCUAUAUGCAGUCUAUGGCUGUACUCAUGUAUGCACAGAACUGCUAAAAAUUCCAUAAGUGCUUCUGCGAACACACAGAAGGAUUUUUCACCUCAAACUAAUCCAGAUUUUUUACCCGCCUUAUAAAAUAUAUGAUUGAAGUUGGGAUGAACUGAACUGGGGAUUUCAGGAGUUUUCCAGGCGUGUGUGUGUGUGUGUGAAAGAGGCGAUCAUUCUUCAUAAUGUAGUUAAGGGAGUAAUUGCAUCUUUUAGCAGGAAAACAGUGUCCAAGUUCAAACCUCUCCUCACCAGUGAAGUCCAGCAAAAGUCAAGAGCCGACCCCACAAUGUCCCCUUGUAGGUCUAGUGCUUGUAGCCAAUCUCUCUCCACUCCACCCGUGUGACACUGGUAAUUACAAAGAGCGAGAGGGAUCGGAAAACGUCCCGAUGAGGUUAAUAGAGGACAGUGAUGAAUGCAGUGACCACACUGAUGACCACAGAAAUGUCUGAAUCAUUCUCCAACGUCACGCUGGCAGUGUGUGUUGCACAAGGAGGGAAUCUCAUUAGCAUCCUACUUUUCCUUCCUCUUUCAUAGGUAAUGGAUAUGAGACCCUGGCCACAUUUGAGCAUAGAGAGCAUGGACUCUAAGAAACCCAGAGAGGCAACCGCUUUUAAUGAGCACAUAGUCGAUUUGAGCCAAGCAUACUGUCAAAUCUAAUUGGAUUAAAUUCCUUUUAAUUGAUUAGAAUGGUCAAAGCAUGAGCAAUGAAAUAAGGAAGUGUAAUGCUCUAUGGAGGUAAAUGUAAUGUUAACUCACGCCUAUGUAAACGGUUACAUUGCUAAUAUAAUCAGUUGACUAAAGCCUGUGAUGCUGCCUGUAGUGUUACUCGUAAAUCAGCUCAUAUCUCAUUCUUGAUUGUUUUGAUUUUGAGGUGAUGCAGAGAAAAAGUCAAAAAACAUGAUUUUGAAAGUCUAUGAAACUGCAUGAAUCGAACUUUUCAUAGCCUUCACUCCAACUUGAUCCAGACAUGAUCCUGCAAGCCUCCCCUGUAAAAUUUUUGCAAGGAGUCAGAGUAAACCAGCGCAGGAAAUAUUCAUGAAAAUCAACCGAGAGUGAGUGGGAGGAUGAUGAUCCUGUAAUGAAGCUACUUUAUUCCUGUCAGUCUGUUGUUUUUCACUCUUGGCCUUGACUUUUGCACAGAUAUGUCCAGUAACACAGAGCAAUUGGUACGUUGGCCGAAACUGCUGUAUUUUAAAGUACUAUACAGUUUGUUACCUAAACAGAGAAACUAACACCAUGUCCUCGCUGAUAAGUCAUCUAUACUUGCUGUACAAAACAAGCUCAAAUGACUGCCUACAUCACCAAAAGCCCACAUGAUCCACUCAGCCGCAUUGACUAAUACGAGCGCAUAAGAGAUAUUUUCAGCGGGGGGCAUUCCCCUGUGCCGUUCAGCUGCUUCCUGCCGUGUCAACAGCCUGUGGGUGGGCAUUUUCGAGUUGUGAAGAUGUAGAUAAACCCAGCUGGAGAGAAUACAAGCCAAUCUCUUAUCACCCGGUAGCUUUGGCAUUGAUAUGUCAUAAGCCACCUUGAGGCUUAAAGUGGUAUUUGAAGAGAGGCAAGGUGGAAUGUUGAAACGCUCAUCAGCUCCACAUUGAUAAACGGAUUAUAAUUUUUUUGUGCCAGUCUUUCUCCUGAAUUAAUUUGAAAUGUUUUUAUGUAAUCUUUGAGGGGGGAUUUUAUCACUUUUACCUUUGACAUCACAGACUGUGGACAGGAUGAGGCUGUGGUGUCAUCCCAGGUUUCCUGAUCAGGAAAGUGACGAACAUCUGAGUCAGUCAGCUUCUCAUAUUUCUAUUUCUCAACUUCCUGUUAUCCCCCCCUCUGCUUUCGUCUCAUGCUUCCUUGCCAUCGUCUGUCAUCUUCGUCUUCGGUUCGAUGCUGUUGUCUUGUCUUGUGAUUCAGAGGAGGUAUUUAUGAACAAAGAAGUAAUGACACUGUAAAAAAAAAAAAAAUGUAGGCAUGAAACAACUCCAGUCAUUUUAAAGUCGUGAGGACCAGACAGGAAGUCUUAUUCACUGCAUUUCGUCAACACAGCUGGACUGAGGAGCGGAUGCUUCGGCAUACAAAGGCUACAUGUGCUCUUUGUUUUAUAGCUAACCACAGACUGAGUUUACUCACUCAGCAUGACUCCAGCAUGACUUCUACAUCGUAUUCCAGCAGACGUGCCGAGUUAUGAAAGUGUCCAUAUGUACAGUAUGUCAGGUCUGCAUUAUCCUGUAUCACUAAUAUUUCUUUUACAUAACAAGUGAACUCUAACUGCAUGGUAAAGAUUUUAUUUUAAACUCUAAACAAAAAGACCCUAGAGUCAGCGUUGCAUUAUGAAUGAUUAUAAUACUUUGCCUUGUAUCACUGGUGGCGUCAUAUCUCACACUUUUCCCGGUCUACUCAUGUCUUGCAUUUGUAACAGCCUUCACCUCCUGAACUUACUGGACGAUGUGCCAGACAUCUUUCUCACCCCAGAUAUUUUUGCUCCUUCUCACUCACCUUUUUUUCCCCUGCAACAUUCAGACCUGAGUUUCUAAAGAAAUUUCUCCCUUCAAUAGCCUCAAGGAGUGAAAUACCUGUUUUGUACGGGGGGUAAAAGACGAAAUUAUGACUGUGAUUAUACAUGCAUAGCAAACAAAAUUCAAACAUUGACUCUGCCCGGAGACAGAAAUAGGCUGUUCUCCUUUUUUAGACAUGUGGAAAGUGGAAAGACAUAUUUGCCAUGGGGUCAUCCUUGUGGCUUUGAAAUUUUAUUUCCAUGUCACUACGAACAGUUUCCAUGCUGCACACGUGUCAGCUCCACUUCACAGGCUCAGUUUUCCAGCAUUCCCAGCUGCUUUAGAUAUAGGAUACACUUCAACUUAAAAGCUGUGGGGAAAAAAAAUCCAAUCAGUUUGGUUUUGCUUAUUCAGAGUCGCACAGCUGUCACAUAUUUUCCAGCUGCAGUAAUAAAGCAACACGACUUUUUGAAGGAGGCAUGGGGGGUGUUAAUCAAUCUUAAAGCUAUCUUUCUUUAUCUGAGUAAUCUAAGUUGUUCUCAAGGUAAAAUAUGUAUCCAUUAACAAUACAGUUCAAGUAAUCUCAAGAGUCAGAUUAUCUUGCAGCUCUUUUAACAGGGCCUGUAUGUGGGAUCUAGUUGAUGCCAACUGGCUAACAUAUAAAAGUAGUGAAACUGAAUCAUUGGCAGGCUGUAUCAAGGUUGUUGUCAAAAUCUAUUUGGAGCUCUGACUCUGAUAAAUAGAAAAUAAUCUAUAGCUGACAUUCCUCUGGAUGAAGUCUGCUAAAUGAAGCUAUACAUCAACAAAGCAUUAUGGUUUCACAUUUUGGCUCCUCAGCCAUUUGAGCUGUCAUUGAUUUUUCUUGCUCCAAAUUGUUCAGUAUGGGUUCACGACGUUGUUGUCCAGUGAGUAACUAUGACUGGAUUUGUGGAGACAGUAUGAAACACAUUUUCUCUUUCCUCGUCACAUGCAUGUUUUUGCGAGCAGCUAUAAAAUCUAACAGAGACUGAUUGAGCUUAUGGAAUAUGCCAGAACAAAUAAGAGUCAUCCUUCAAAUCUUUUUAUUGAUUGUUAACCAGUUCAAGGUGUGACCCCGGGUUAGACCCCAGUGACAAAGAAAUUAAACAAACUUUGAUUUAUGGUGUUUCUACAGCUGUUUGACUGAAAUCUACCUUCUUACAUUGGUUCAGACAUUAAAAAUUAAGGCUAUAAAAAUGAUGUGUCAUAUCCUCGGUGGCCUUGUUUGCUUUUGGAUAUCAUACAAUGACAUCAAUAUGAAUUUUGGUCUAUUUCAUAAACAAGAAAAAACCUUCAUAGGAGCUUUAAUUCUGAUCUUUUCCAAUCAUUGUCAAGCUAAAAUAAAGUAGCAGCUACAUCACUGUUUUCAUCUAUGGCAUAUAUGUCAAACUCAAGGCCCGCGGGCCACAUCCGGCCCGGCAUGCAAUUAUGUCCGGCCCGCGAGAUCAUUUUAUAUUAUUGUUACGAAUGGCCCGACGGUAUAAAGCGAUGGUAACACAAUAAACUACAGAUCCCAUAAUGCAGCGCUUCAGCUGCCUUGCCGAGCGCUUUCCGAGUCAAUCAGCUCAAGUGCCUGUUGCUGCUAGUUACUGCGAAGCUAGCCCCUCAUGAUGCCUAAGAGAAAAGUUGAUUCUGAAAACAGAGCCUUUCAUAAUCGCCGGGAGGCUGAGUAUAUGUUCACUGACAUUGCCGGUAAGCCCGUUUGUCUCAUUUGUGGCGCUAAUGUGGCUGUACUUAAAGAGUUUAAUCUAAGACGGCACUAUGAGACAAAACAUCAGGAUAACCUGAAAGACCUGAAUGCAGAGCAGAAGAUACAGAAAGUAGAAGAGUUAAAGAAGAAGCUGACAUUUCAGCAGACGUUUUUUACUUAAAGCACAAGCACUGUAACAAUUUUUCUUUAUUUUUUCAGGCAUUUUUUUGCAGCAUGUUCAUAUUUAUUUUAUAUUUAUAUAUAUUUAUAUAACUUAUAUAAUUUUGACUGGAUAUAUUUUUAUGGAGAGCAAGACAUUUCAAGUUAUUUUAAUUUAAGUUUAUUUAUUCCAGAAUAAAAUUCCUGUCUGUUUGUUUUCAUAUUUGUGUUAAAAAAACAUUUUGUUUUAGUGUGUUCAACAAAUGUUUAUUCUGCUCGGCCCGCGACCUGAAGUGUGUUUUGAAUUUUGGCCCCCUGUGCAAUUGAGUUUGACACCCCUGAUCUAUGGUAACAUUUUUAUAGUCACUGUGAUUUUAGUUACAAUUGAGCAAAAACAUCCUAGAUGUGCCCUCACUUGAUCUGCUGCUUUGUGGGACAGGAUUUUCCGUUCAAAAUACCCUCUAACUUGUUCAGCCUAUUUAUUUAUAGCACUAACAGAAAAACAACAUUUUUGCCACAGUGUCAACAGGUAGAGAUACCAUGUUCCCAACUCCUCUCUGUGGAUUGAUCCCAAUUGAUCUGAUGUAUUUAAACAGGUUGUCACUUUAAUCACGUUCGCAUUUGAGCAUUCAUUAUCCUUGUUAUAGGGAUUCUAACCUAUCAGAAUCAAGUAUUAAACACAGCCAGGUAAUGGAUAGAAAGUCUGUCCUGGCCACAAGUGGGUUGGGAGGAGGCAGCAUCUGAAACCAAGAAAGUUAUGUGUCAGUGUCAUGACUAAAAAAGAAAAGAGUUGUCUGGAAAGUUCUGAUGAAACUCCAGUUUCAUUGUGAAUGUGGUCUAACUUCACUAAAACAGUAACUCUAAAGUAAACCCUUCAGUCUUUGUUUCUAAAAUGAGCGCUGGGUAAACCGUGACGUUGUUAGGACAACAUUAUUAAAAACCAUGUGACUUACUCAAAGAUUUAUCCUGAGUAAUUAACACUGGAAGUAGGCUUGUGUAAUCUGUAUUUAUUCAGAGAUUAGCUAUCCUUUUCUUAGACACAGAUCAAAUCAAAUCUUUAUCUUAUUACUUUCUUAAUACAAAUGUCAUGAACUUUUCCCCUGUCAACACUCAAAAAUGAAAUAAAAUCUGUCAGAGCACUUUUUGUAUCGCCCAACCAUAUCAGGCAAUCUUGACGAAGCUCCUCAAAUUGAAGACCAAGGGUCACGCCAGGCUGUACACAGGAGUAUAGUUAAGAAAGGCUGAGCCACAACAAGACCCCUGGGUACUGUUGUAAAGCUGACCCUCUGAUGUGACCUCCUUUAAAGAAGAUGUUUAAACAAGAGCUGUCCUAAAUGGGGCGAGUUUAUGUCAUACUGUCGAUGUGUUUCCAGGCCCUGGUUUUAACUUGAUGCUGAAUUCAGCAUAAAAAAUGCCAACUAGGCAACUAUAGUUAUUAAAGAUGGGGAAAACAUCUUUUGGUGUGGGGUGAUCUAAAGACUGAAACGUUUUAGAGAUAAGUGAGUGUCUUUUACUCAUCAAUGAUCCAGCAGUGUGGAUGUCUGUAAAGGGUUAAAGAUGACCUCAGCUGUGAAGGUUUUUGUGGACUGAGUGAAAAAAUCAGAGGUCUUUACAGUCAGGCAUGUUGCAAAAAGGGCAGCCAUUGUUCUCUGGCCUUCAUACUCUCAUUCAAGCGUCUAGUGCGACUCGGAAAUCUUUAUUGGGCCUUUUAUUUGAAGGCUGAUAAUGUGGUUACAGCGGAUACGGGUGAGACAAAUUAUAGCCCCUUGGAAGAUUAUGUUCGCCUCUGAAUCAGCGAGAAUUCGGUAAAACAACAGUGUUUAAAACUUGAGAGCAUUACUAGCCAUCCAAACAGACUGGUAAUUAGACAAUGAAAAGGUUUGUUUUUCCUCCUCAUACACGUGAAAGACCUGCAGGUCUACAAUAACAGAAGAGCGUCAGCAGUUUUUAGUAGUUAUAAGUCAACAUGGACACCUUGCAGUCGAUUGAGAGACUGAGGUUGUUGAUUUGUUUUUAGUUGUUUGACCUGGAUGACCCAGGAUGCUCAUUACUGGUAAAGACUUUCUAAAGAUAUUAACCUUUACUCAGUCUAAUUGCACACGUCUGCAGCUGGGUCCCCUGACUCCUUUUCAGCCGACCUGAAAACAGAAUCCAGAACCCACAAGGAAAACUGAGAAAUAACAAAAAAAGCAACAUUUAAGAGGCAGGAAGCUGAAGCUGAGGCCACCUCCUGACUCUAACUGUUCAUCUUCCUGGCAAAGGCUUCCUGGGGUCGGUGUUUGAUAUGACGUCAGUGAUAGAGAGCAGAUCUCUAUCACAUCAUUUUAAUGUUAAAACAUAAAUCAGUACUUUGUGAUGAGCUUACUGACAUCAUCCCCAGUGCCGCAUUUGCACUUGAAAAUGAAUCACUGUUCUUAUAGGGUUUUAACCAAUCAGAAUCAAGUAUUUAUCACAGCUGGUAAUGAAAUGGAAACGUUUUUGAAAUGAGGGGAGGCGGGCAAUAUAAGAAGUUGAAUAAAUGUCUGUCUCAUGACUCUAAAAGGACAAAUUGUCUAGAAGAGCGGUUGAAUGUUGAAAGUUGGCGACUCCAUUUGUUUGUAUGUGAGCUAACAGUCUCGCUACGCAAAAUAUCUGAGUGUUUAUCAAAUCAAAUUGUUGCCACCUUUGGCCUGAAUUUCCUUGCAGCCUCGAUUUUGUGCUUCUGUGCUUCUUACACAGAUACAGACACUUACUGUGACUGCACCAGUACUAAAUCAAGUCACUCAGCUCUGGAAAACAAGAUAUUUUUCAUGUGAGAUAUCUUGUCGGUAAAUCAGCGUGUAAUGUGCUCAAAUAGCUGCAUAUUUCUGUCAUUAUGCAAUCCAGUAAGUGGUAAUGCAGAAGUGACUUCCAGCUGACUGACAUAAAUUCAGCUGGGUGUAAUUCACCAUAAUAUACUUCAGAGUAGCUAUAGGAAGUCAUUUGAAGCUUGACUUGUCACCCUCCCUGUAGUGUAUGAAUAUUUGGUGUUGAGUUCGUGAUGUAAGUGGUGCUUUGAAGAGACAUCUUUACUCUCUCCAGAUGCUUUUUCUUGUUGGAGUGGCUCUGAUUACAGAGCAGAUAGGAGGUUUGGAGUCGACACAAAGACUGGGUGUGUCUGCACUCACACUCAGACACAUGGGAACAAUUACAGCGUGGGGGGUAUUGGCUCUUCUGUUUUCGUCUCUCUUUGUCUGACUGUGUCUUCUGUGCUGUCGCUCUUACGUUAGUACCCUGUCAGCGGUGAAGCAACUGACUCUUUGAGUUAAGUGCUCUUUCUGCCCUUUCUAAAUUCCUUCUUUGCCGUCUGUGGUAUCUUAAGAAACUUCAAGACUAAAGGCUUUAAAUGAACUGACUCACCUUUUCCUUGGUCUCACUUGGUGUACAAUGAGGGUUUACGGCUCUCUUUUCUUCUCCCAUUCUUUUCACUGUCAUUUGUUUACAAAGGGAAAUUACAGCUUUGACUUUAUUAUGCUAAACUUUGGCAGCUUCAUAUUCAAGUCCUGACCUUAAACCUGUCCCACUUACAUUAUGGUUCCAGACUUUUUUCACAAACACAUUUCAGAUUGGUUUGAGUUUCUACAGAUUUCUGAGAUGCAACAAAUGUCAAAAUAUCAUCUGGAUUACAUACCAGCGCCUAUAGGACGAAUUAUUUGCUGGAUAGUUACAUAAAUACAUGCAUUGGAAGGGUGAAGUGCAGUAUUUACUACUUUUCAGAAUUAUAGCAGAGAGCAGAGCUAACACCACCAACCAUCAGGCCUACUUGCAGGUUAUCGUUUGCAUACCUGCUCUGGUCAUGCUUUGCUCCAAUGAUUGUUAACAUGCCAGUUUAAGCAGACACUGUCUUUAUCUCCAUUUUCAAGAUAAAAACAAUGCCAGAUCUGCUGACGCUGCAAGAUACCACCCAUGUCUGUGCUUGUCUACAUAUUACUACGGCUCAGACACAUCAUGUGACCUAGAUUUCAGUCCUACAAUAACUCCAUAUUCAAUAGUAUGCUUAGUAGUACAUUUGAGUAAACAUGCAUACACUAGGGUGGCACAGUGGUGUAGUGGUUAGCACUGAUGCCUCAUGACUCUAAGGUCGUGGGUUCAAAUCCCAAUCAGGGCGUUUCUGUAUAGAGUGUGCAUGUUCUACAUGUGUUUGUGUGGGUUUACUCCAGAUUCCCCCCACAUCCCAAAACAUGCAGAAGUGGUUUUGGCUUAAUUGGUUACUUUCAAAUUGUCUGUAGGUGUGGAUGGUUGUUUGUCUCUAUAUGUCAGCCCUGCCGUGAACUGGAUGGAUGGAUGCAUAUACCCCUAAUGUAGCGUGGGUCAAGGUUAACCCACUUGUUAGCCUCUCUAGAAAGUUUAAAGAUAAGGUUAAAACAGUUUUGUUGUAGCUGGAUGUCAUGAUGCUUUAGCACAUUUAAGUCAAAUUGAAACAAAUGGAGGAUAGAGGAUAGAUUAGGGUUUGUAAAGCAGGCCAACCUAAGGUCGAAAUAGUCUGUCUUUCAAGCUGCAAUUUAGUAGACAUUCACCUUGUCAAAAAACUGAGUAAUUGGACUGUUAGACGCUCAUUACAUUUUCUUUUUCUUUCUUUUUUCAGACUUUUUUCAGACAAACCAGAAAAACCACUAAAAAGAUAAAUUUGUCUCUUUAUUGAACAUCACUGUUUUAUUUCUUUUUUUUUCUUUUGGGCUGUUUUUUUGCUUUCUUAUUGAAAAGGACAACUAAGGACAGUCAAAUAGAGUUAAAAGGACCGCUGAACUAAAGCUGUGGUCUCUGUGCAUGUUUUUUCUUUCAUGAAUGUCUAUGUAAAAGUGACACCUCAUGCAUUUUGGCAUUAGUUUCCAACUUUGACUCUUUUGCCUGCCUUAUUCUAGGUCACACUGUCAAUAAGUUUUCCUCUCUUUCUUCCCUCAGUAGAAAUGCCUCAUCAGCCUAAGUGAUUUGAGGCUUUUUAAACUUCACGUCACGCCUUGUUUUAUGGCACCAACACCUCUCCUGGCUCCUGGCUAGACUAAAGCCAUCCGUACGAGUAAUAGAAAGUAUUUGGCAGGUGUUUCUGCUUUUCCCAUAACCUCUUUAUCACCUCACCUCGCGUUACACCACUCCUCAUUCCUCUCUGUUGGUUUUGGCCGAAUUCGACUGAUUGUUUCUUUCCACAGGACAUUUGGUCAGAGUUUAAGGAAACUUGCUGUAGAAACAACAUGAUGACAUCUGGCAGUAUCAGAGCAAUAAUGUGUCAUCGACAAAUUAUACCCGUUCAUGCAGCAUCAUACAACACACAGGUUUUAUAACGGGACGGGUUUGGUGAAGGCUUCUUGACUCGCAAAUAUUUCAGACAUGAGUACGUGGAUCAGGGGUUAGGGUUCAGGUUAUGAAGAAUGAAGAGUGCACAUAAGCUUUCAUUCUGUUUUUAUGUCCAUCUGUUGCUGUUCACUUGCCUUCCUUGGUUUGCAAAAUGUUUCCAAAGCACUUCACCUCCCCUGAACUGGCACCAGUUAAUCUGAUCUUCAUCUACUGCAUGGAAAUGGUGUAGAAGCAUCACCGUUAUUCCCAGGCUUCCUUUAAGAAGAUAAAGCAGCAUCACUUGUUCACUCUAAAAAUUAAAACUUUGGAUAUUUUUUGCGACACAGUGAGCCUAUCCAGCCUAUCUGCCACUACAUCAAAAAUCUCUGUUUCCAUAGUCAGUAUUUGAUAUAAUUUUUAAUGAACUGGUUGAAUGGAGGUGCAGAAUCGUUGUUUAUGUGCAAAGUUUAGUGGUUUAGUGUUUGUAAGGAAAGGAAGGUUUUUGUUUCAAUUUCCAAACAAACUGAAAUAGCAGUGUUGCUUCACAUCGGUCAGCCUCUGAGUGACCUACAUAUGAUUGAACAUCCUCUUCCCAAAUUACAGUCGAACCAAAAUUUCCAUGGAACAGAAAGACUUCUCCUUCUGCCUGUGUUGUAACAUGUAGUUCAAGUGUUAAAAGGAAGAAAUGUCUAAACUGUCUUUUCUCAAGCUUAGUGACUCCAUCCAUCUAUUUCCUACCGCGUAUCUUGUUGGGGGACACCCUGGUCAAGUCGCGAGUUAAUCACAGGGCUGACAUAUAAAGACAAACAACCAUCCACAAUCACACCUACAGGCAAUGUGAGAGUGACCAAUUAACCUAACCCCACUUCUGCACCCACACACACUCAGGGAGAACAUGUAAACUCCACACAGAAACACUCUGACCAGGAUUCGAACCCAGGACCUUCUUGUUGUAAGGCGACAGUUCUACCCACUACACCAUUGUGCUGCCCAACUUUGUGACUCAAGCAUUUUUAUGACUAAUCAUAACCUGAUUGUUGGAUGUUAAGUGUGGGUUCACCCCUAGAACUGAACCAGAAGAGCAGAUCCGCUGUCAAAGACGUGUUUUAGAGAAAAGGCAGUGCAUUUAAAGUUCAGAGGUCAGUGCAGCCAGGUGAUGUUUUAUGGCUCUCAGCUGCGUGGAGAUUUGAGUACAUCCGCACACACUGGAAGCAAAAUGAUCUCUUAUUUAGAGGAAGAUUGGACAUUAGAUACCAAAAUAGGUCUGUAUGAUUGAUUUGCAAGCUAAAGGAUAUAUUAGAUACAUAAAAUACAAAUGUUUUUUAAAGACAACUAUCUUAAAAGUGAAAGAAAAAGAUAAUCCAGCUGCAUAAAAAUGGAAAAAGUCCAACAGAUACGAGGACCCACUCCUCUCUGGCCUUUAAAAAUACUGAAUCUGAAUUGUUCCACUAUGUCAGUGGUGCUAACAGCCCCUUUGCUGCAGCAGCAGAUGAAGCAGAGGGGAAAAACCAUACCAUCUGCUGAGGACAUUCCUAAUCAUUGGCAGGCCUUUCUUUAUUGGCCGAAUUCCUUCUAGGAACUGCUGAUUUGUAAAAACGUGAGCCCUUCCUCUCCACCCUCUCCGGCUAUCUCACUGUGUGUUAUGUGAAGUGCAUGCUCGUAUGCGUGUUUGUGGAAAUGCUUUGUGUGCUAAUCAUUUUUAAUGAACUGUUGUGGUUUCAGAUGGAAUUGCUGGACAAAUUCCCGGUGGAAGGAGGCCAGAAAGACCCUAAACGCAGGAUCAUUCCAUUCCUGCCAGGUAGGAGUUAAACACAGUCGCACCCUUGGGUCCUUUUAUGAACACACAUAAAAAACACACUAAACAGUUUGAGGAAAAAUGCCAAACAUUUGCUGGUUGCUGGUUGGUUAAUCAGGAGUUCUGGACUUCACAGUGGACAAAUAAAACAAACAAAGGCUCCGUCUUUGGUGAUAAAAAUGAUGAUGGACGUUUUGCUUUGUUUGCUGAAAUUUGUAGCUAAAAGAUUCAUCAGCAUAUGUACAAAUGCAAUGCACUUUUAUUACAGCAAUUAUGGUAAUUUUCUGUGGCACCCCUGGAUGUAAGAUUAUGCAACCAUGGUAGUUCACAGAGAAUAUUAAAGUGAUGGAUCUUCACUUUAAUCACUCUGUCUGUAAUGUUAUGUCUGUGCUGCGGGCCUGCUCCCUCGAUUUCUGCAUCACAAACAGUUUACACAACAACAUGUGUUGAAAUGUGGACGGCAUUAACUCCCUGAUUGGCUGCCGGUUAGCUGGAGGAAAGCAGAUUAUCUUACACUCAAAAGAACCCACUAGAAACCAUAAUUAGUCUUAAUCACACUGUUCCUGUGAAAAAAGGAAGAACAUGUUUGUUAAUUAUUCCGUCAUAUUUAGCCGACUCGGGCUGUAAUCAGUAGGAACAAAUAUAGAGAAUUACCGUAACAUCCAAAAUGAGGGCCUGUGUCUUUUUUAUAACACUUCCCACCAGCACACAAAAGUGAACAUUAAGUGUGCUUCAGAUUUGCUUUCAUUCAAUGGCAUUUACAAAGAAAAUGCAAAGGCAGUUGAUAAGAUACAUGCUGCAUCGUUGAUUUUAAUUGGUCGGUGAUUAAGAAGUGGCGGAAGUAUGCAUGAUCAGCUGAAAAUCAGCUCAUGCUGAAGGUGUUAGUGGAUGCUGACAACACCAUGUAGCAUUUGAUUCACUAAUGCUUUAACUGCGUAAGUGGAUACAGCCCCUAAGUAGGUAUGGACAAUAUGGGCUAAAAAAUUUAUCACGAUAAGAUUUGCCAUUCUGGUGAUAAGAAUAAAAGUCCUGAUAAAAAUAUUACAAUUUCAAUCUAUAUUUUUGAUUCAUUUUGUCUUGAGAACACUAGUUGGAGUAGUAAAAUGAGACACUUAUCCACAAGUUUUAAUGGUUAUGGAGAAAACUACUGAUAUCAAACAAAUCUCAGCACAGAGUAAACAGCAGCAGAUCCACUGUCCUAUGUCAGGCAUACCUGAUCGCACUCAUCUAAGCCUCAAUCUGGAAGGAAAUCCCUCACGUGGAGCCUCGUUCAGUAACGAGCUGCUCAGAAACGUCUUCUUCACUACCUUCAGCCAUGUUUGUUUGUACGUCAUCAACUUGCAUUUAUCAUACUUAGGAUUAUUCUGACGAUAUUUAAUGAAUGAUAAUUUAUCGCCCAUCUCCACCCCUGAGUCGCACCUGCAUGUAGGAUGUUGUCCAUUUUUGUGGUCUUUUAGUAGGAAAAAAGAUCCAAACUGUCCUCCAAAGUUUUUUUCUGAUGGUGGAGCUUAGCCAAUGUUUUUGUUAUCUGUGAGGCGUGGACCUACCGCCCACGACCAGUUUGCCAAGAAUCCCGCCAUCCUCUUUGAUUGGCGGCCAGUCCUAAACUGAUGAGCCUUUUCAAUCGAAAAGGUCGAGUUACUUCACAGUGUAACUCAGUUGCUUUAAAUGCACGUUUAUGAUCUAAUGUGGGAGCAGUUGGCUGCACCAUUGUCUCAGAUGUAGCUUACUUCUUGAAUAAAAGUGAAGUUUAUGCUCUGAGUUUUAUGGUUGUUUUGGAGCGUUGACCUGAACUUGUUGUUGCAUAAGAACUUUCUACUUUGGGGAUCAUAAAACUGAAAGACUAGAGUAAUGAGCUGUUUUUGAGAGGUUAGUUAGCUACACCAUUGGCUUGGCUGCAUCAUUAUCUAACUGGACAAGCUGAUGCAUUUUUCUUCUUCGUUGUCAUUACUUUAUGGCAGCAUGUUUGGAAUAACAAUUUUCGCAGUUUUAGGCCAAGUUUGGACAAAGUUUGAAGUUUAGAUGCAGCUGAAAGCUUUCCUUUAUGAGAGUUAGCGAAGAAAGCCUCACCCAAAGACCCCACCCUCAUCUCUCUUACCAGAAUUCAGCUGAGUGGGGGAUAGGAUAUUUUUCGAGGUCUGGAACUCAUUGAGAGAAUACACACAAAAAUACACACACACACUAAGACUCUUUGAUGAACUCUUAGGAGGAGGAGGGGCAGAAGGAAGAGAGAUAGAAAAACACCGCUUUGUAUCCACAUAUUAGAGCCAGUCAGAAAACCAAAGAUACUAUUACAAAUUGCAUCUACAUUAGACUCUGUCUACAUCCUUCCUGUGUUUACAGUUAGACCCUGAAACUCUAUAUUUUACUCUAACAGCUCUGCCACCUUCCUAAAACAGCUCUUUGCUUUCUGACACUCGGUGAAGCUCUGAGUGGUGGUAGAGGCUUCUACACAUGUUUUCUGUCAAAGAGAGUGACACCCACUUCUCAAGGAAACUCUUCGUGACCCACUCACAAAGAAUUCAAAAGAAUAAAUGUUUGUUUUAGAGGCACAAUGCUGGACAAACAGUAUUUAUCUUACAGGCCGCAUAAAUAUAGAUCAGAGAAAAAGACUCUUACUCGUCUCAGGUCUAAGAUUAGGUCAAACACCUCCCUUUAGGAUAGACUCCAAGCUAACAUAUGUCUGGUUUUUCGAAGAAUAUUUCCUGACAGCCAAGAAAGUCUUUCACUUACGUUGCAAAAGUCUGGACCGUGGGCUGAGGCCAACCUAACAAGGCAAGGAAGUGGUUUUCCCUUCUUGGUUUGGGUUCUUCGAGGCCUCAAGCUGCACUUAUCCCGACAUCAGCACAGUGGCUGGUGAGCAUGUGCGUAGAGUGCAGAAUUUCUGCUGCUUUAUGCAAGGUGAACUCACUGAAACAUGAGUGCAUCCUUUAAAGCUGGAGGAGAAGUUUUUAAGAUAUCUUUAAGAGUAUCUGUUCUUUUUUCAUAUCUGAAAACCCUCCAAAAGUGUCUGUUUGGAUCAAAAGUGACGCAUUAGGACUAUUGGGACUUUGCUGCUGUUUUCUUUUUCACCUAGCCAGUCACUCUAUUAUCCACUGUAGUUGUAUUAUUGCAUUUAUAGUAUUCACUAUAUUUUACCCUACACUAAAGCCUGACCAGGGACGAAGACUGCAAAUUCGCUGAAGCUAGAUGUCUUGUAUACAUCACAUUUAACAUUUCUUGUGGCAAUGUUGUAUGUAUAUUGUAUGUAUUUUACAUGUUAAUUAAACAUAAAAAUAAAUGUCUACACGUGCCCGGCUAUCUUCAGAAACAGACUUUUCACUCUCUCCGUUUACAAAAAAAACUGCAUGCACACCACUACGUUUUCAGAAAGUUGUUGUUUACACUAACCCGUGCAUACAUGGCGUCAAGAGCGUAGCGAGAAGUUCGAGCCCACAUUAGCCAAUCAGAAUCCCGCAACAACAACAUCCCUCCCUUCUUUCUGGCACACAAUCUGCCGUCAGCUACCCAAAUCUCAGUUUUUCUCUGUUUUCAUGCAAAUGUGCAAACAGUUUUCCAAAAUCUCCACCUUGGCCGGAGUUUGCGAAUUCCCCAUUUGCGUCUAAAAGAAGGGUGCAAACAAUGGUUAAUGUCUCAGUUUGUAAAAAUUUUAGGUCAGGUUUUGAAAAAGAGUCUUUGAAUUGGCUCUCAAAAGGAAGUAUAUCAUCGGUCUUGCUCUGAUAGAAGAAGUGAAAUCAAAUUCCUGAAGAUCGAGAUAAAAUGAAGUUGCCUUUUUCCCUCCUUCCCUUGGUGGUAUAUGAAGCCACAUAUUUUCUUCAGCUACUCGGCUUAGUUGUUGGUUUCUCCGCCUGCCACAGUAGGAGGCACAGUAUGUUGGGCAGGUCAAAUAUGUUUCUCUGGAACUAAAUAACACAUUCCCCACUCGGUCCUCUGGGAAGGACAAAAAGGCGCAAAAUAACUCAGCAGUUGCCACGACCUUGUUGCUUCUGCUUCAUUCGUAUCACGUUCAUCUCUUGUCUGCAGGGGAAAGCAAUCACUGCUCUUGUCUCCUGUCUGCUUGGAUGAGCUGUACCAGGAGCAGACUUGUCUUCUGUGGUUUUCUCCGUGCUUAGUCAGCAACCUACUUAAAAACACAGCAAUUACAACGAACACACACUCUGUCUUUUACACUCUUACCUUCAUUGUUGCAGCGUCAUGUUAAAGCAUUCUGGGGGAAGUUUUUCUAGACCAGUUUUUGUCAAGAAGCAAGUCCUCUCACGAUGAUGAAGUCAGAUUGAACUGUCUGUGAUUACAGCUCAGAACUCAGAAAGGGUUUUAUUGCCAUUGUCAAUGAACGGGAUUCACAGACUAGGAAAUGUUUCGGCAUGAUGGUGCAACAUUAAACAAUGAGUAAUAUAAAAUACUAGAAUAAAAACUAAUAACAUGUACAGCCACACAAUACAGAACAACAGUGCAAUGGGAGAAGUGCAUUGCAACUGCAUUGCAUUGAAACUUGUCUUUAGCAAGUUUUCUGUAAAUCCAGAUGUGUGCAACAGUUUUCAAAGUUUGUAACAGCAGAAAACAAGUCUGGAAGAAUUUUUGCCUUAAGAUGGAAUAAUUUGUGACUUUCCGAUACUGAGUAAAACUUUUACAGAUAAUGCACCACAAUGGAAAGCGAGGCCAGGAUUUAGCAAGGCCGUCGGGGACACCGAAAGAAUUCUUUACAGAAGCUUUAAUGAGUAAAUGAGAGCAACACUUAUUGAUUUUAACAGAUAAAAUUGUCUUAUUCAAGUAAUAUACAACUACAAGAAAGUCAGCCUGUUACUGUACAAAUGUAUUUUUGUUGUACAGAUUCACAAUUCACUUGAUUGACCUGAGACCUGAACUUGUUUGAGCAUAUUGCAUGCCAAACUUCUCCUAAAAGCAGAUCUUAGUUUCAUUCUUAAAGUUGUUCACUCAAGUUUUAAGUGAUGAUUUAACUUAUUUCUGAGUCAAGGUCAAGGGUCAUGUUUGUGAAGUUUUCAGUAUAGUUGCACAGCACUGGUUUCAGGACUUGAAAUGGUUUUGAGCUGGGACCCCCAGGUCAAACCACAAAUUAGGUAAAUUGAAAGUUAACCGCAGGAUUUGAUUUUUUUUCACAGUGUACCACCUGAAUGAUAAUAUUUCAGUAUUUGCCUGAACAAAGCUCGCAUGACGAUGAUUCAUUCAGUGAUUCGGUAUCAGUCUUCGAUUUGUACGGCCUGUUUUCCACUUCUUUAGGGGGUAAAGUAUCAGAACAGUCUAGAUCAAGAUAAGAAGUCCUUCAGUUUUGUAAUUUAAGUCCUAAAAGAAUCCAGCUUUGGUGUUAUGCAACGGAUUUAGCGGCUUAAACCUUCUCUAAAGAGCCAAAAUUUGGUGAGGAAUGGGAGACUCAUGUGUGGUGGGUCCAGUGAUUAAGAGGGGAGUGCUAAGAACCCUUUUCUCAGUGUGAGGUGGUUUACAAACCCCCUGUCUGUGUCCCCUGUCAGUCUCCUUUCUCCAUCUACAGUGCUCACUCUCCCCAGGAAACAAAAGUUGUUUGAUACUUCUGGUCAGUUCUGGCUCUGAGGCCUCGCCAUAAAGUCGACCAUGCGUCAGCCAAGGCUCCAGGGCAGCAGCUUUCCUUCCCUGCCUCCCUCCUCCCCAAACAAGCCCUUCUCUAAGCUGCACCCAUGAGCUGCUGUGCAUACAGAGUGGGCAGUGUUGAGUCAGUGCUUCUCUCCUGACCCCUGAGAGCUUUGGAAACCCGUCAAGAAAGCUUUCUGUUUGAGGAGUGAUGAAGAGGGAAAGACAGAGCGAGGAGGAGGAGGAGGACUGCAGGCCUCCAGAGGGCUGGCUCUCAAAUCUCUUCAGUUUCUGUGAGCUGUCCAGACAGUGUGUCCUUUCGACUGCUCUGGCAAGAUGUUGCCAACACCUUAGAGAUUUGGAACGUCUGCUCCGAUUCAUUCUUCAUCCAGUUAAUCUCCUUUAGUCUCCUUCAUGUAGUGUGCCUUUCUCCUCUGCGUGGAGGAAUUUGGACAUUCUCCCUCCUGACAUUUCCUGAUCUUAUUUUCUUUGAUAAAACUCUCAACAAUUUGGGAAACACUCAAAAUCAUCUAAGAGCCAGUGUCGCUGUCACGUUGAGGUUGUUUUGAUUGUUGUAUUAAAUUUCAAAGUGGAUUAAAAUGAAUUUGAUCUGACAGAAAUUCAUCAAUUACACAAUUUGGUUGGGUAUUGUUCAAGGACCACAAAUCUUCAUACAGGAUGAGAUUUUGGAUUUUGGAAUUAAGCUCAUGGAUCACUCAAUUUGGAUUGAUUUGUCCUCUUGGGACCAUGAUGUACACUUGGUUUAAACUGUCAAUGAAUCAUAACUUCCUGACCAGUUAAAGCUUUUUACACCAGAGACACAAUUCAACUCUAGUUAAUCAAGUAAAGAUGUCAGGGUGCUUCACAGUGUGAAAAGAGACUUUUAUCUUACCAAUAAAGACAUCCGGGACUUUAAAUAUAUCAAUCAAUCAAUCAGAUCUUAUUUAUAUAGCGCCAAGUCACAACAUUCGUUAUCCCAAGACACUUUCCAAAAAAAAGAGCAGGUCUAGACCAGAAAGACACAACCUUAAGAGGGGACAAAUUUGGCCCAUCUCAUCUAACAUGGGUGACAGUGGUGAGGAAAAGCUUCCUUUUAACAGGCAGAAACCUUGACCAGACUCAUGUUUGACAGCCACCUGCCGCGAAUGAAUUGGGUAGAAACACACAGACAGCAGCAACAUCAAAAACAACAACAACAGCUCAUACAGAGUUCUGGUUGCAGAGCAAGUACUAAUGGAAGAUGUCUGCAUUAUUAAGUCAAAUAAAUGUUGUGUUGUUAUCUUCACAUUCCACUCAAAUAAGAAAUGAUAACCCCCGUGGUGACCUGUGAUAGAAGCCGAGAAAUUCCCUGUAGAAGAUGAAGUUGUCCUUCAAAAACCAGGGAAGCGUGAUAGUCUGUUAAAUUCCUGAGACACUCCAAAGACAUGGCUGGUGAAGUUCAGAAACCAAAAAGCAACAACAAGAAGUGAAGCUUCUGCUUUGGGUCUCAUAAUACUCUGACCAAAUCCAGUAUUUCCCACACAUAGGUCAUGUGAAGUCUUCCUCUACUCAGCGAAAUUGUGUAAUCAUACCAUGCAUGAUUGUUGUGCCUGCUUUCAGUGUGACUGUAGUGUUGAUUUGGUAAAGAGGAAGAGAGGGCUAACACGUUGUUAUAUAUGUUUGUAUUCGCAUGUAGUGAAUCUGUCUGUCUAUGAGCGUCAUUAUUUAACAUCAGCAAAGCUUUUUUUAUGUCUUAAGUGAGAGACCACUGCAAUUCACUCCAAACAAACAGCAUCACCCUUUGAUGGAGGUGAUGCAGACCUUCUAAAAACACGUCUCAUUUCAUAAUCAGGAUGCUGUUCCAGCCCUCACUUCCUGCUCCGUUUAUAUGUUUUCCCUCCAGCUGUCUAAAUGAAUUUAUUGGAGACAUUUCAACAGCUUAAACGAGGAGGAAAUAAAUGUUGGCUCUGAACAGCUCUGCAUACCAUUAAGCUGGGAAAGUGUUUUAAGAGGCCUAAAUGUAGCCGUUCUUUGUUAUUGUUAUGGCGACGCACCUCGUCUGUGCCUGUGGUUAUGUGUGCGUUGAGAUAAGCGCAGGGCAGCCGCGUUCAAGAUGUCACAGCGACAUAAUUUUCCUUCCCUACAUCAUUUAUCCGUGAUUGAAAAGGCCAGCUAUUCACCGAGCUCCUUACUCAGCUCAUUGUGCUGUUAGUGUUAUUGACGCAGAGACUGUAUUGUGUCUGCAUCCUAAUUCGCUAACUUUUUUUUGUAGCAACCACUCCUUGUCCUUUGUGUCCUUCACUAUACUGCUUACUUUUAAAGCUGCUUCUACAGGAGUGCAAUCUAUAAUUUAUCAUUAUAUUAAAAAAAAAAGCUACAGUGUUCACACAAACAUGUCUGUGUCUUUAAAAGCAUUUUUUUUCCUGCUCUUGUUUCAGGAAAGAUCUUGUUCAGGAGGAGCCAUAUCAGAGAUGUUGCCAUGAAAAGGCUCAGACCCAUUAAUGAGUACUGCAGGGUGAGUACAUUGACCGGUUUAUUACUUUGAAUUGGAAAUCAGCUAUGUGGAAGAUGUCAGGGAAAAAAGUAUCCCACCCACGUUGUUUCGACAAGAAAAAUGGAAAAUAACCUUUUUAUGCCAUCUGUGUGUACAUGAGAAACAUCUUUUUUUUCAGUCAGCCAGUUUGGACUAAACCAAGCAAACCAAACAUCUGACUUCAGCAUGACUUAGUGAAUGAACACAUGGCAGGAUAUGUUAUUUCUUAAGGUCUGUUCAGAUAUUACAGCUGUCACAAAGUUUUAAGUUUUCCUGUCCUUUAAAUGGAAAUUUAAAGUCUAGCUAACUGACCAGUCUAAGAGACAGGAAAUAGAAAAUAGUCACAACCCCCCGAGUUCUUUACAUAGUUCUGUGUAUGUUGUUCUACUUUAACAUAAGUUGUAACCGAGCUAUCAAUAAGUGAACUGGUGAGCCCUAUCUGACUGCGUAAUCUGAGCAAUUUGUCUGUAUAACACUUUAGAGGUUUGUUAUUUAUGGUGCCGACAUAACAACAGCCGGGGAAAACCUCAUUUAUUUAGGGAGAGUGGACAAUAUAAAAGACAAGUGAACUCUGACUUACGGUCCAAAGUUUGCUCUAUGUUGAUGGGGCUGAUAACUACCAAACCCAAAACAAACAAAAUUGGAGAAAGUUUGUUCAUAUUUUUGUUGGAUUGUUGUGUUAAUGCGCCUGUUUAAACGUCCCAAAUAAAGAUUUAACCAUUAAAAAAAAAAAAAAUAGUCCCUACAGUUAGUUACAGGACCACAGAGUCUGCAGGUAAACAAAAAGAAAAUAUUACCUAACAUUUGCAGAGCUAGCACCACCAUUAUUCAGUCCUCCUGUGGGUUAUUGUCCGAAUACCUGCGCUGGUUAUGCAUCACUCUGGUCGGAUGAUGAUGCCAGUAAUACAAUUAAUAUCUAAUCAAUAGUUGACAGUUUCCCAAGUCGACUGAUUAAUUAGUUAUUGAAGGCAAGGACGACUGUGAUGAGGACUGUAGCCUCUGUACAUGGUGCUGUGCCAACCAGAACUCUGGUUAUUCAUGAACUCAAAGUCACACUGAAAUAUGCACAAUAACCUGGAUUAUAUAAUGUGAAGCGCAGCUUUAUGAAUAAUGCCAUUGCCCUUGUCUCUGUAAUUGUUCGGUGCGAUGCUAACCUCCUGGGAGAAAACCUUUUGUGACAGCAAGUCCUCACCGUGCAGAGGUCUCCUGAUAGCUCCCCAGGUGCUUUGUGACCAACUGUGACCUCCCCGCUAACAGAGACAAACGAAAGGAUAAUUUCUCCUAAGGGAAGCACACUGCACAGACAGAAUCUGUUUAUAUGUAGCUAAAUAGGGGGAAGAUGUCAUUUAACCUCCUGAAUGUGAAGUUCCCACAACCUUAGUUAGAACACAAAGUGUAAAACUUGUUCAUCAUCCGGCCCGUUACAUUGAGAUUAAUCACCUCAUUUCAAGAAAAACACAAACUGUACAACCUCAAGCUCUGCUGUAGCCGUAAAAGUGCCAAUAGCAAACAACUAAUUGCUCCAGUUUGAGAGAAAUGUAGCAACAGCAAGCUAAAUGAAUAGAUUAUGAUUGAUGUUCAGCCUCCGAGCUACAGGACACAGUUCGGAGUACAAAGAAAUGGUUUCAAAAUUUCCACUCCUCUAAAUUAGUUUGCCAACUGUUUAUCUGCGGUAACCAAGGAGUGAGUCUGUUUUGCAACCAGGAAUCAUUUUAUUGAUGAUCAGACAAAUAAAUAUUUCCUCCACAAAGUCACGUGGUUUCUCUGUGAAGUAGUGCCAUGAAGUUCAUAAAACUGAGGGAGGAAAAUAAAAACCAUGUUAAAUCUCGUGUUGCGGUAACUGUCUGCAAAAAACGGUGAAGAGCUCACUGGUGCUGAGCUUGCUCCAGUCAGCACAUCCACUAACCAUAGGUGGUGUUUUUGUUCAGUUUCUCUGACUUGAAACCAUACACACUUUUUUUUUGCCUGUCUCUUUGAGAGGUGAAAUUCGAGGAUGUUUUUACAAGCUAGUUCUGACCAAGCUUGUUCGCUCUGUUUGAAGUCCUGUAAAAGCAUCACAGUUGAUGAUUUCUAGUAAUAGAAGGACUUUUUUUUCACAUAGAGAGUGAAGUAAAAAGUAAAAUGUUUGAUAAACAUUGUAGAGGAGGGGCUGUUGACUUUACAGCUCGGCUCCACCAAGUGUCGUCUGGGGUUAGAGGAAUGUACAGCUGGUGUAGGCAACAUCUUUAACCACUUAUGUGAAAAAUAAAGAGUUUAAGGGGAAGGACUGAGUGGUGUUGUUGGUGCAUGUCUUUGGGUGGGGAUAUUUAGAGGAGUCACAGCAGUGUUGUUGUUGGAGUCAAAGUUGUUUGUUGAAAGGCUUGUGAAGUUAGAAAAAUUGCUUUAACCUGUUGUUUCAUAAAAAGGGAUUUAAUUAACAUUUAUGUGUUAAAAAACUUAUUUAUGGCGAGGAAAAGAAAUGCACAUGUUCAGUCAACAAUUUAACAAGUCUGCACCAGAAUUAAUUAAGCUAGUGAAAUGAUUCCUAAUUUUAUGAGGGAUGUCCUGAUCUGACAUUGAUAUCGGUCUGAUAUCAGCAGAAAAACAAAUAUCUGUUUAUAUCGGCCUGCAUCUAAAAUCUCAGAUAUCAGCACUCUGAUGCAAGCAGUCCAUUCCAGACUGUGCUCCGGCACCUCUAGUUAACAGUGCCUGGAUCUAGCAUGCAGAGCCCCUGUAAUCACAACAACAGUGAGAAAUAAGGAGUAGGAGUGAUGUCAGCCGUGUGGCAGUACUUUUCGUUAAAGUCCCACUCUGAUGAAAAUCAUGAUUUCUUGUUUUUUAUUUGUUCAUCUGGCUUUUUUCUGAUGCUACAGGACAUAUCAUGACGAAACUAAAGGUGAAAUUGCUUUUCUGAGUAUUUCUACAUUCAAGUCACUGUGAAUCUCUGGCAGACUCAAACAGCAGGUUCAGAAACAGUGAAUUUUCAUACAUAACCAAUCCAAGCUCCGCCCCCAGAGUCCCGCUAUGCAGGCCACACUCUGCAUACAGAGGAAAAUAGAGAGGGCGAUCACGGUAAAGGCGUGUGCAUUAGCAAUGCUUAUAAGAAAGCUAAUUAUGAUAUUAACUUUCAUCGUGUCCCUAAAGACAUUAGUGUCUGAGAGCUGAAUUACUCCUAUGUUACCUGCUUCUUCUACUACACCGACAACGUUAGGCUACAAGCUAGCAUGAAGAGGAGUGUGCAGAGCAGCGCUGUCUCCGCCCACGACUCAGAGGCGAAUUGUUAAUGAGCUACUGGAGCUCUGCAGAAGAAAAGAAGAAAAACUCAGUUUAAGUAGUACAAAAAAAAGAAAAAAAACGAUUGGAGUGGGACUUUAAAGUCCAAAAAAUACAUUGCAGCUGAAUGCAAAACUUGUCAUGCACAAGUUUGUGCCAAUAUCGUAUCAAAAUCAGUAUCGGCCAGUACUGAAGACUAUUGGGACACCCCUAAUUUUUACCAAUGGAGGCCCACAAUGCCAGUAAUGUGUUGUGUCUCAGUUAUCAGCUCUUAAUAAAGGCUACUUGCUAUAAUGUCAUUAUGCUCUCUGACCCUUAUGUAAACAAGUACACCUCGUAGUUUGACAGUAUUUUGAUCUUGAAAUGGAGAUAGGUCUGUAUCAGGUUAAACUAGCAUAUAACCACUUGGCUGUAGCUCUGCGUAACCAGCGCAGACAUGUUACCUGUAAGGAGGACUGAAGUCUGGAAGUGCUAACAAGAACUUUCAAAUUUAAUGUACUGGGAUAUAAAACUUCAUAGUGUGUGAAAAUAUUUUAUAUAGGAUGCAAAUAAAUUCAGCCAGUGAGCCAAAUGCUACUCCAAACACUGACAGAGUUCAUCACAUGUGUUAUGAAAGCAGCACAGCAGGUCAGAACUCAUGUAGGCGCAUAUCUGAACUUCACUGCAAGCAUAAGAAGCGGUGUUUUCCUCCUCCCCCACAUGUAGUCAGGUAAAACAUGACAUUUUAACAUUCAUGUUUUUCUUAGGAAAGAGCUGAGUCAGCCCUUCUGUGGCACAGCUGGAGCUUUAACCUGACUCAUAUGGAAUUUCCCUGGUUGUAAAGGGUUGUGUUUUCAGCGAAGUCAGGAAAUACAGUCAAAUAAAAGAAAACAAAGAGAGAAAAAAAUAUGGAAAUGGGAGAGGGAGGGGGGUUACCCAGCAUACUAUGACUACAACCAAGCAAGAAAAGUAACUCCAUCCUCUUUUCCUAGAAACCAAAAUGCAACCGUACGUAAAAACUAUGAAUCCACAGACAGUAUGUUUGUAUUUCUACUAUCAAUCUUUCCACAGUUUGUAUAAUGGCUUUUUUUAAAUAUAAGGAAUGAAAAAAAAUGUUAUGUUGGUGUUUGUCAAGACUAAAGAAAACCCAAUUUACAAUUUCUAUCUCUGUGCAGAAGUAUAAGAUGUAGUGUCAAUGUGCUCUACAGUUAUAGGAGUGCGCAGUAAAACCCUCUCAUUUCCAUUCACCUCUUUUCCUUGAAGAACACACAUACACAUUGUGCAUUCACAUACAUACACACGCAGGCACACACAAUUACAUUAAUGCUGCCUGCUGUAAAGAACACCCAUAAAGUCCAUUUGCUGUAAUGUACCCUGAGCCCCCCCACCCCCCAGGCUCCUCCCUGGGGAGAAUCGUAAUGAGCAGACGGGCCGCAGGCCGACACGAGCAGAGGAAUAAAUCCAAGGAGACGAUAGCCGGUUCAGAAUGCACUCUGACCUCAGGCAGAGUGCAACUUUCUCUCCUGCGAGGGGAGAGACUGAGGCAGUCCUCGGGGGGUCAUCGGUAAAAACUCCUAAAUCAGCCACUUAGCGCUGGUGUCUUAAGAAAUGGAUGGAGCGAGGUUUUGAGGUCAUACUGAUGCGCAGAAGUGGAGCGAAAUAGUAUGAUUGAUGAAUCGAGCACCAUACAAGUGAGCAUAUAUGCGCACACACGCACUGCAUGACUUUGCAGCUCAUGAAAAACACCAGUUUUACCUCGCCUAUGGAUGUAGUCUCACUGCUUUCUCUCAACAUGAGCUGCUGGCAUCGCCUCGCGCUCAUAAGUUAACAAGGUGGAUGUGGCACAUGGGACAAGGGCACCUUGAUUUGGUCUUUGGCUUCCAUUCCAUAUCCGUCACUCCUGACAUUAUAUCAGAGUGUGUCACAGAAUACAGACUCUGUUCCCUUUAAGGACUGAACAGGAACACUUAGGAGUAUUAAAAUCAGAGGUACGGGGCCAGCAGAGGAAACUUGAUGGAUAGCAGUGAGCGUUGCCUGCCAGCAAAAAGGGAGGGAGCGGCCCAGCUCCUUCAGCUGAGGGAGAGAUACUCACUAUGGGGUCAGUGGCUACAGUUCUCCUUACCCUCUGGUUUGAGACAUGAAGCAGUUAAGGUCAUUAUCUGUGUCACAGCGACCUUAUAGUUUUUAUUUUAUUUUUUUAAAGAGUAGAAAAAAACAGAUUAAACAGAUAGGAGAUGCGAGGCACAGACACUGAACGAUAACAUGGCAACCCAUGUGUCAAAGAGAGAAUGAGAUAUGGCCAAUCAGAGGAGAGGUUAAUCUGGUUGUUGAUGUUUUAUCUCCAACCAUGUUGUCAAGACUCAUGUCUCUGCUCCUGGUGAUCCUACACAGAGCUGUGAGAUGAAUGGGGAGGUUAGGUGAGACAGAUCAAUGAGCAAAGAAGCAAAGAGGAAAAAUGAGAAAAUCCUGCAAAUAAGGAAGAGAAGAUCGAUACAUUUAUUUGACAAUAAUUCAAUGUUUGGCUUCUCUGUAAAAGUUGAUAACCAGCAGGAUAAAAAAAACAACAAAACUUAGACUUGACCCAGGUUGGAAACAAAUGUGUGUUGUCAUUCAUGAUUCUCUCAAUGUGUAGAUGAUGUUGUUUUUUUGUUGUUGUUCUUUGUUUGUUUCAUCUGAGGACAUUUUUACACAUAAUUUUAGUUGGGCAAACUCAUCAAAGUUUCACAUCAUCCAGAAGCAGCAUGAACAAACACUUAUUUGGUUAUUUGAAGUUGGUAUGCGAACACUAAAUCGAUUAGAAGAACGCUACAAAACAUCCAUCAUCUAUCCAUUUUCUGCUGCUUUUCCUCUUGGGGGUCACUCCGGGGGCUGGAGCCUAUCCCAGCAUCUUGGGGCGAAGGCAGGGGUCACCCUGGACAAGUUGCCAGUUCAUUGCAGGGCUGACAUAAAGAGACAAAACAACCAUCAACACAUACAAGCAUAUGGAAGUGACCAUUAACCUAACCCCACUUCUGUAUGUUUUUGUUGUGUGGAUGUGGGAGGAAACCCAUGCAGACACAGGGAGAACAUGCAAAGUGCACACAGAAACUCCCUGACCCGGAUUCGAACCCAGGACCUUCUUGCUGUGAGGCAACAGUGCUAACCACUACACCACUGUGCCACCCGUGACAUGAAACAAUACAAUACAAAAUGAUGUGAUGCCAUAGGACACAAUAUGCCAGUAUGAAAAAAUACAAUAAAAGGAACGAUAUGAUGUGACACAGCAUACUACCUUGCAAUAUGAUUUGUAUCGUAACAUUGUUUAAUUGCAUAAUUGAGCCAAAACUGUUUAAAUUCAAUGUCCUUCUAUGUCUGCAGCAGCUUCACAGCACAAAGGUCCUGGGUUCAAAUCUGGGUCAGGGCGUUUCUGUGUAGAGUUUGCAUCUUCUCCCUUUGUCUGUGUGAGUUUUAUCCCACAUCCCAAAAACAUGCAGAAGUGGGGUUAGGUUAAAUGGUCACUUCCAAAUUUAAGCUUUAAGGGUUGGUCUAAAAGUUAAAUAGAAUAAAACAAAAAAAUAGUUUGUACUUUUUUAUGUUUCAUAAGUCAUGAAUAUAAGAGGAAAUUGAUCGAUGGGGAUACAGAUUUUUUUAACCUUUUAUCGCCACCAGAAUUAGUCACAACAGGAAAAAACAGUUAAAACAAAUAAAACAUUACAAUUGUGUUUCCUUCAUGUUUCCGCUAUGACACAAACAAGCUGCCCUUUUUUACACCUCCAAAUAUCUGCCUGCACAGGGGUGAAGCCUGAAAGGCCCUUUAGAUAGUGUAGUAAUAGCUUGUUUUGUGACUUAAUGGAGGCCAAGCUCCAAACAAACACAGUAUUUCACCUUUGGUUGACUUGUUGUGAUUGUUCCUGUCAGUUUGUGAGAUAACUUUUAAGUGUUUUUCUGUUGUCUUCUGUGCCUGCAGGCGCUCAUCCAGCUGCCCGUCUACAUCUCUCAGUGCGAGGAGGUCAGAGUGUUUUUUGAGACCAGACCUGAAGACCUCAACCCACCCAAGGAGUAGGUGCCACAUAUGAACACACACACACACACACACACAUGUGCUCUCAACAGUUUUAAACCCCCCAGGCUCACAAACAAUGAAAACCAGCCGUCAUAUUUCUUUAACUGAUGUCAUGUGACGUCCUGCCAACAUUGUACUCCCCGCCUGUUGGUGAUGAAUGUUCAUUAUCCCCUCUUAGGACAUGAUUUUAUCCUGUUGCACCUCUUCCUAUUUGAUUUUUCAGGCAGGAAUCCUCUUAAUGAGCCUGUUUUUUUUGCUGAGUCAGUGUUUAAGCAUGUAGCUGCAGAGACCUGGUUCAGCCACCAGGUCCCAGACAGCUGAGCCUGUGAUCGCCGAGAGGGCGUGCAGACAUGCCGUGUUGUCUCUUGCAAAUCUCACUCAACACGUUAGCGUCAUAUCCAGCGCUGACAGUUACUAUGUGCCAAAACCAAAAAACACCAGCAGGCAAUGAAUACCAGCGUCAAACACACACGCACACACACACACGCCUGUGUUGACGCAUAUUUAACUUCACUCACAGAUCCCGGUUACAAACGUGUUGGUAUUGAGGUUGCCAGCACCUUAAGGGCAGUGGAGGUUUAUGGGUGGCUGGUUUCAUAGAGACCAUAAUGUCGCGCUCACAUUAUGACCCUGGAGAUGGAUUUUACACCAACAGCUGUCAGCUGCAAUAUUAGUUUUAACCUCUCUGUCAUCACAUACUCGUGCAGCGCCGGCCUCGGUCAGCAGGAAAUGGAGUUGAUAAGUCAGAUGAUAUAUGCUGGGAGUGCAUUCAGGGUCAGCAGCAAUUUAACACGAAGAAAAGGGGGCAGGACUUGGACAUAAAUGUGAGAGUAUCACUGUCUCCUAAUGUCUUACCUCUGUGUAAACAUGAAAUCGCUAUUAUAACACAACAAUGUACUUAUUGGAGAAAUUCUCGAACCUCAUUUGUACCAGAAAGUUUACAAAGCAGCUCCUUCUUAGAUGUUUAAACAGAAAUAUGAGUUUCACAAACACUGUGACAAACUAGGGACGCACCGAUCCGAUAUUUGAAUCGGAUAUCAGCUCCGAUGUUGACAUUUUUUGUCUUUUAAUUAAUAUCAUACUUGUUUGUUUGUUUUUUUUACCAAGGCUAAUGUCAAGCCUGAUGCCUUCACUCACAGGGCAAAGUGUACAGUUCAUUCAUUCAACAGUAGAAUUGGAUCGGUACCAGAUAUCGGCCGAUACGCUCAGCCCAGGUAUCGGUGUCAGAUUGGAUCGGAGAAAAAAAUGGAUUGGUGCAUCUCAAUAACAAACUGGUCUAAAAAAACAUUCUGAAAUUAGUCAGAGUUAUUAAAACUGAAGAAUUAGUCUAACCCCAGCAGAGCUAGCGCCACCAGUUUUAGGUCCUCCUCCUUUAUUGUCCAAAUCCCAGUGCUGGCUGAACAUUAUCUGUACAUUCAAGGGCAAGAAAACCCCCAGAUUAUAUUCUGCUUUUUGAGAUUAUGCACAGUGUUUCAUUUGGUAGCGUUAUUAUCCUAAUUUAACACAGCUCAAGAUGUUUCACGCUCCAGUCAAAGCAAAAAAAAAAACUGCUUGAUUCAGACCAAGGCUGCCACACUAUCAGAUUUUCACUUCAUGAUUAGCGUGGCCACAGGAUAUCUACCUCACACCUAAUUCAGGUCAUUAGUCCAGUCUUGCAGCUUCCAUCCGCCCCGUCUCCUUGACAUUUGAAGUCACUGAAGUUGUUCAGACACGAAAAAAAUGCUAAAUGUCACUCCACUUUCAGAUCGAUUUUUAAUACAAUGAGUCCUGGUGCGUCUGACCCAAAAGCGAAGGCGUCGAGCUUCACGGUGCUUUAAGAAAUGAUUGUCUGUUUUCCUUUAAACCUGGAGGAUUUAAAACUCAAGAUGGUUUCAUAAUCCUACAUUUCAAGCUUAAAGCUAAAUUCUAAAGCGGUCCUGAAAUUCAGCUCAGUAUUUAUAUUCAUGUUUUUUUGUAUUACACUGAGGUGUGUCUCAGGUGGGAGGUGUACUCAAGGUUAAUUAACAGGACCUGCUGUUAGAGGGAGUGAGACGUCUCCUGUCGUAUCGUCAUCUAGUGUAUAACGGGACCUGAUGAUGUCACUUCUGAGGGCGUUGUCUGUUGCAGUCAGCUGGUUUACUUAGUUUGCUGUUUUGCUCAAGGCUGAAAUUUUUAAGGAUGUUUCCUUUAUGUUUACAAAACAAGUGUGAUCACGUGACUCUCCCAUAAGAGGAAAUAUACACACAGGUAAAAGCACAUUUUGUCUCUGUCUGCGUUCAGAGGUUACCAAGGACACACACCUCCCCCUCGAUAUAUAAAAUCCCAAGUAUGUGAACAGUCAUGCAGAGAAGAGGGGGAGCAUGACCAGAGGCAGAUGAAUAUAGAAAGGACCUUGGUUUGUCUUUAUUGAAAUUGGAUUACUGCUUUCUGCUAGUGCAGCCUGUUGUUUGGCUGACUGACAGCAGGGCUGGUCGUAGAGACACAGCAGCCACUGUGGGAGAAGAUUUAUCAUGGUGAGUAAAUCUGCUGCUCUGAGAGGAACAUCUUAGAGUUUCUGCCUCAAGAGGAGCUGAGUAAGAAGAAAGAAAACAAGAAAGGAGAGGCUGAAGAUGAGAGGAAAAGGAGUGCUUAUAGGUUAAGAGGAGGCAGAGGGUCUGAGAACUGAAAAACUGACAAGUGAAAGGUAGAAGAUGAGAUAGAAAAAAUAAGGGAAAAGGUAAGGAAAGGUGGAGAGGAAGCAAGGGGAGGAAAAAGAAGUGGAUGAGGGAAAAGAGGCAAAAGAGGCAAAAAAAGGAUCCAUAUACACUCACGACAGGUGAAGAUUUGAUUUGAUUCUGUUUAUUUUGAAUAUGCAAGAGAAAGUAAAUAAAAACAAAACAAUGAAAAUAAAAUAUAUUUUUUGAAAAGGAGUGGGAAGAAGUAAUACUUACAAGCUCCCAACCUUUUCUCUCUUUAAAUAACUUGCAACAAUCUUUGGCCUUAUUGAUCUGUCUAGACACUCGUGCUGUAGUCACCACUAGAAUAAUUAUACACUUAUGGAGACUCUCUAUCCAUACACAUACAUACAUACAUACAUACAUACAUACAUACAUACAUGCAUGCAUGCAUACAUACAUACAUACAUACAUACAUACAUACAUACAUACAUACAUACAUACAUCUAUUUAUGCACAACACAGUAAACCCCCUUAAUACAUAGUGCUACCAACAACUCCAUCAUCCCCGUAGCUCUUGAAAAUAGUGUAUUUAUACUUCAUUUUAAACUGCUUUAAGUUGAACAAUCCUUCAACUCUGUUGGGAACUUUUUCCAACGUCUCACCCCGCUGACUGAAACUCAAGAACCUUUACUGUUUUUACGAAAUACAUUGAAAUUAAAGUUACUCUUUCCCCUUAAAUUGUAGAUCCCCUCAUGAAUACUAAAUAAUUCCUGUGUGUUUCUUGGUAAUUGUAUUUACCAAUUAGUAUUUGUAGAGUUGUAGUUAUGAUUUCUUUUUUUCCAUUCAUCAUGUUAGUGGACUCCAUGUCUGGACUGUGGCUGUCUGUCUGUUCCACCUGAAGUAGGAGGACUUAUUUAAUUUGAUACAAUAAAGUAGUUACAGUACGAUAAUCAUAUUAAGACAAGGAUUCAGGUCAUCUGUGCAUUACCUGACCCCUGAUUCCCCUUGGCUCGUUCUUCUUCUGCAAUAAUCCACAACAUUGGUACUGCUCUGAUUGGCCUGGCAGGGAUUUCUUUUUAUAGUCCAUUAAUGAGAGUGCUUAUGGGUAAAGAUUUAUCGAGACUUAAGCCCCCACAAUUAACAGUCGAGCCGAUCGAACAAUGCUUUAUGUGGUAGAGAGCGUUCAUGUCGAUGCGGAGAAACAAACAAGUCAUAGUUGCCAAGAAAACGAUCAAAAGGGGGUUAAAGGAGGGAGCUGAGUGGACGUGGAGGAUUUGAGACAGAAAAAGGAAGGCCACGAAGAAGGAGGAGGAGGAGGGUAAUAUUUAGAUAACAAAGAGGAAGAGUGAGAGAGAAAGAGAGGGAGGAGAAAUGCUGAGCAGUAGGCACCACUGACUUUUCAGGGCAUCUGGACAUCGAAUCAGCUCCUGACUGCUGCUGAGGAGUGAUGGUCUAUUUAUCCAGCUAAUGUCUAAACCAGACACUGCAGAUGCUGUAUUGAAUUUUACAUCAGACUACAUUUGAGACGUCAGCCUAUCCAGAGCUUCUCUAUUCACAUGGGCCUGAAUCAGAGACAGAGACUCAUCUUUAACCUAUCAGCCUGCUGCGUGUUCAUAAAUCUAAGAGAUAAGUGUAAUAAAAGCUAUUAUUGCUAAUUCAUUACUGGGCUAAUUAGUCUAAGUGCUGUGCUGAGAAGACCUGACAAAGUCAAAAACAUGAAAUAACUCAAACUCAGUUUAAGAAGCAUCAUUAGUGCCAGUUUCUCACAAUCCCAAAGAGCAUUUUUAUUUUGAUAAACAUCUUAUAAACAUCCCUGGCAUUGGAGCAUGCAGAUGGCCGAGUGAGUUAGCGUACCCCAUGUAUGAGGACCAUGGUCUCCGCAGCGGUUGUGGGUUCAAGUCCGGGCCUGACCAUGUGCUGCACGUCCUCCCCAUCUCUCUCUCUACCUCCCCAUAUUUGCAGUCUGUCCUAUCAACAAAGGCAAAAAAACAUCUAUGGCAUCAAAUUACUUCAAAGGUUAAAGUUUUUUUGUAGACAAUCAAAUGCCUGAUGAAUGUUUGGACCAGAUUUAUGAUUUAUGCACAGUCACACUCAAAUUAAAGGGUGUUUUUAACUUGUAUCUACAGCUAAGAUGAAUAUAUAAGGGCAUUCUCCAUCCAUCCAUUUUCUACCGCUUACCCCGUUGGGGGGUCGCGGGGUGCCGGAGCCUAUCUCAGCAUCUUGGGGCAAAGGCAGGGGACACCCUGGACAAGUCGCCAGUUCGCACUCACAUCCACACCUACAGGCAAUUUGAAAGUGACAAAUUGACCUAACCCCACUUCUGAUUGUUUAUAUGAUGUGGGAAGAAACUGGAGUAAACCCACUGUGCCUCCUAUCUUAAGUCAAAUCUUGGUGCUCUCUGUGUCGACCGUUUGGUUUUUCCUCACAAAUGUUACGAAAAAGCAUUUGUCAACACCCACGGGUCUCUGUUUCUUUAUCCUCAGAGCCGUACAGCUGCACACAGGUUCAGUUUGUUUUUAUCCAUGGUAUAAAUGUUGUAUACUUAAUCAGCAAUAUCUCUAUGCCCUGUUGCAAAGUCACAUAACCCACAUGAUCUGUAAUUUUGAUUUUGGAAAUCAUCUUUGCAUACACAGGAUUUUAACGACUGCUGGACAAGCACUUUGGAUUACUAUCGUCAUACUUAAUUUCCAUUAUCAAAAUAUGAAAAUGGUUCUAAUUUCUCCCAAGUUUUGUAAAGUGUUUCAAUAUUUCCUGAAAUUAAUAUGAUGAUUUCUUCCUUUUAACAGGGAGCCUAUUGGAAAGAAGAAGUCAGGUAAGACGCAGUUUAAUGUGUUUGAGAAAAAACUUUGGGUUAUAUUUAAUUUUAAAGGAAUAAAUACAGAGGGGAAAUAGUUUAUUGUUGUUGUUGUUUUACUGCCUAUAUGGAGUAAAACAGUUUUUUAAAAGUGGAAAAACUCUCCACUACUCAUUCAAAGUGCCUAACUUGAAAUUGUCCCCAUCUAGUGGUCACAAGCUUAAUUACACACAAAAAGUACAAACUUGAAUGUUGGAUUAAAAGUUGAAUGUUUUGGCUCCAAGGAGUCCCUAAUCUUAGCUCUGGUUCCAGAUCACUCAUCUUGUCUUUAUUUAUUCUCUUCUCUCUCUUUUUAUUCAUUUCAUUUCCUGAAAUUGCAUCCAUGACAUAUGUUCAGUUUUCCUCUAUCCGUUUUCCUUUCCAUCAGGGAUUGUGGAGCGAGCGACUACUUUCCUAAAGCGAGGUAGUAAACUCUUGGUCGUGCUGUGUGUGUGAGCCAGCGGGUCGCUAUUGGUCUGUUUUCCCUCUGCUCCUCUGGCCUGGGCAGGUGGGAUGUGGCUCUGUUGAAGGCUCGGGGCUCGCAUUGAUUUAGAAAUAAAAUCAUAUAACAUCAUCGGAGAUCUUUAAAUCAUCUUUGGCCCUGUUUUGGGUUAAUUUAAGCAUGUUUUGCCCAGGUAGGAUAGACUAGAUUGAGGAUAAUAACAGAAUGUUAAAGUGCCCUUUUGUGACAGUAGAGCUGCUAAGUUCAGACCAUUUUGCACAGGCUGCUGCCGAUCACUAAAGGUGCUGCAAGGAAUAUAAACUGUGGCAGUUUAAUCUGUUAUACAACCUGACAGUUACGUUUCUACAUCUGUGUUUUUCUGUUUUCAUAUAUCAAAACUGAAUGUUGUCAGCUGGAAUAUGUUUCCUGUCUGCUUGUGUGUUUCCUUCAGCACCUUCAGUGAUCCCUCUGCUCUGAUGGUUUGUACUGUCGCUUUAAAAAUCACAUGAAAAGAUGCUUCAGCUGCAGCGAGGAGAUUUUUUAUUUCAACUUAAAGAACAUAAAUGAAGCUAAUAAGAGUAUUGUGAGCCCUCUUGGUGUUUAGAGUUGAUUUUUCUCAGGCUGGCUUGCUGCUAACAUCGGUGGUGGGUCGUCUCGGUGCUGGUUUGUUUCUGUGUGGAAAUCACAGCCACGUUGAUGAUUAAUUUAACUUUUUACACGUCGUGUUUCUCUUCUUUUCACUCCGUAAUUCUCUGCUUUUCUCUGUCAUUGUUUUCUUUCACAUCAUCUCCAAUCACGUCGGCUACUCCCUCUGCUUCACGUCAGGGUGAAACUUCAUUAUCUAGAUAAGCCUCUACUUACUAAACCUUUUAGAAAACUUGAUCUUAAAAUGACAUAAAAGGAAGUUUUCCCAAGUGUGACUCCAGGAAUGAAAGAUGAUUUUUAAAUUGGCUCCUCAGUAAAGUUCAUUUUCAUAUUCUCUGAUAUUUUUAAUGUCAGUGUCACUGAUUCAUUCACAUGCAAAUCCGGUCACUCUAAAUUCAUCCCAGUGUCUCUGUUUUCACUCCCAAGGUCAGUGGAGAGGCUUAUUUACAUUAUUGAGAUUUCACCCUUCACUGUGCGUAACAAAGUAGCCGAGUGGGCUGACUGAGCUUCUCUUUUAAUCUGUUUCUCUGACCAGGAGACUCCACUGCAGGGGACCCUCUCCUCCUGGACCAGUACGUGGCAGUGACGGACUAUGAGAAGCAGGAGAGCUCUGAGAUCAGUCUUCACGUGGGUCAGGUGGUGGAGGUCAUUGAGAAAAAUGAGUCAGGUAGGUUCAGCACUCAGAAGUUUACACAGAAGUAAAUCAGAAACAGCUCUGGAUGUUUUAUCAGAAAGGAAAUCAGAGCCACUGUUUUCUGUGGCGCAUCAGUGUGUGACUUUGAUUUUAGUUUCUUUUUUCCAUCUCUCACAUGAUUGAUUAAAACUUCAGCAGCUGUUAGACAAGGUCGCCUUUCUCGUGUUUUGUAGUAUUUAGGAGACGUGUUCAUCAUUCAGCCUUCAUUUAAAACAUUAAAUAAAAUGUAAAUAGACAUUUAUAUCUAUAGAGAGAUGAAACAGACCUACCUCCUUUACUCUCUUCCUUUCUCUCUUUUAUCUUCCUCUUUUCCUUUCCUCUUUUGCUAUUAUUUCCCUCCUUGCUUUCAUCCUUUGUCCUUCCCCCUCCUUCCUUUUUUCUUUCUAUCCUUUCCUUUUUCUUUCCUUUACCCUUCUGUCCUUCCCUCCUCCCUUUUUUCUUUCCUUCCUUCUCAUUCCACCCUUCGUCCUUCUCUUUCCUUUCUUUUUCAUCCCCCCCACUUCUGCACCCCCCCUUUAUUCCUCCUUCCCUCCUCCCUUUCCUUUUUCUUUACUUUCCCCUUCCUUCCUUUAUCUUUCCUAUCUUCCACCCUCCCUUCCUUCCUUUUUCUUUCCUUCCUUCCCCCCUCCCUUUCUCUUCUUCUGCCCCCCCCCCCCCCCCCUUCCUCCUUCCUCCCUUCUGUCCUUUUUUCUUUCCUUCCCUCCUUCCUCCCUUCUGUGCUUCCUUCUUUCCUCCUUCCUGAAACUGGGUACAUAAGUAUUACCUGUAAGUGAAUGGACCUCUCCUCCGCUCCUCCAGGUUGGUGGUUUGUGAGCUCUGAAGACGCCCAGGGCUGGGUCCCUGCUACCUGUCUGGAGGCUCAGGAUGACCCCGAUGACUUCACUAUUCCAGGGGAGGAAGGUACAUGAAAAUGUCCAUCUGUGUGCUUUUGUUCAGGUUCAGUAUUCUCUGAAAGGAAAAGUUUGGAGGCCAUAAAAGCUCAAAACUCAGACUCAACUCGACAUUAAUCCGGCUGUAAUGAUAAAGAUAAUCUCUAAUCUCUCUUAAGGGCAAAAUGACGCACAUAGCCUUCAUUAUUUUGUAAUUUAUAGUCUCUGUCGGAGCCAAUAAGUUGAAAUGUUUUCAUGUUUAUUGAAUCGAAAGCUUAAAGCACCAGCUUACUGCAUGUGCAGUAGGCGUGGCUGGUUAGAUGUAGUUUGUAUUCAGCUGUUUUGCUGACCUUCAAACAGCAAUCUAACGAUCUUCAGAUUCUUUAAUUAUGAACCACUUACAUAAAUUACAUGUAAGCAAUACAUUAAAUCAGGGUGAAGCCAGCUGCAGAGGUUAAAUGCUGUAAUGAUAAUGUUCUGAGUAUGGUACGAGCUACACUGAGUAAAAAGACCAACCGGCCGAUAUGCAAAUUACAAACCACAGUUUAGUCUUGGCAAGCCUGAGAAGUAUGUGGUUUUAAAGUGGACACUGAAACUCCUGGCCCUGUGUAUAUGGAGGCAGGUCCUCCUCAGAGCCCUGAAAUAAGUGCUUGUGUGUGUGGAGCGUUUAAAUAACUAACAUUAUCUCAGAGUCUGUUUUUUUUUAAUAUGAUGCUAAGAAGAUUUGAGCAUGUUCACAUUACCAACUUUGGUCCUGUUGUCUAUUUGCUAGUGAGAAAGAGUUGAGUAAAUGUCAAAGUUAUUUCAGAUUGAAAAGGCUUCAAGUUAACACCCAGGGCCAAUAUUACCUAUCUAUUCUAGUCUGUUCUGUCUGUAUGGAUCAAACCAAGUUCAAAAUUAAAGGGGGACAAAAUAAAGGUCCUGCCCAGGUAAAAAACAAACGGUUUCAUGGCCCAGCAGAUAUUGAGCUUGCUUUCAUUUAGGUUGAAAUCUCCUCCAGAUGGCAUAAGUAAUGUUCACUUCCUAUUUUGCCCCACUUACUGUGCUGGGAUGUCAGUGCCUCGGAGGUUCUGGUCACUGCCAAGGCACAUGGGUCGACGCAGAACUUUAGGGGAUCUAUUCAGCACAGGCUUUGGGCAAGGUGGAGCGCACGCCUUUUCUACUCCCCCCUAUUCUUAACGUGUGCGUGUGCAAACACGCAUACGACUGUGAGCACGUUUGUCCAUGUGUACGCAUGAUUUUGUAUGGUUGCAUGAGAGAUCCAAGCAUGUCGAUUAAACCCUCGCAUGCAGAGUGGAUUGUCCUUUUAAAUGAUACAAAGUUCAGUAAGAAAAGUGUGUAUCAUUUCAAUUAACCAGCACUAAGUAAAUCACAGUAAAUAAUGCUAGAAACAGUAGUCAGUUUGUCCUGUUUAGUGUUGAUAUCUGUGGAGGAUGUUUGUGUGUUUUGUGUUUUUCACUUGUGUGUAUCUCACAUCUUCCAACUCCACAAGAUGCUGCUCAAGCCUGCCUCAUUUCACCAGCUACGAUGAAAUUUUCUCCUUAUAACCAGUUCAAUUAAUUCAGACAGGAGGAUUGAGCGAAGUGUCUUAGACCUCUUUUGAGUAAAGAAGCUUAAAGAUGAUCAUAAAAGUAGCACUUUCUCUUUUUUGUUGCACCUUUAGUUUCAUGAAAGCAACAGAUUGUUAUUAAACUUCCAAAAAGUCCAAAAGUUCUUAGUGCGCUCUCCUGGAACACAUGACAUCAGAUUUAAUUUUGCCCACAUUUUAAUCAAUGCUCAUUACAUUCUUGUAUCUAACGAUCUGGUCUUUUUCUGACACCAGAGGAGAAGUACUCAGUGAUUUACCCGUACUCUGCAAGAGACCAGGAUGAGAUUGACCUGGAAAGAGGCAUGAUCGUGGAGGUGAUUCAGAAGAACUUGGAGGGCUGGUGGAAGAUCAGGUAAAUACAUCAACUGAUGUAAACCCAGAGGCAUGAUAGGCAGUGGGAAAUUGUAUUUUUCCAAAGAGAUGAGUGAAUAUAUGAUUAAAAACAAAUAAAUAAACAUGACUUGGGUAGCUUAGAUAACAUCCAGGAGGAAAACUUUCAAGAUUCAAGAUUGGUUUAUUUGUCAUAUGCGGAUUAAACAUAGUCAACAAUGCAAUAAAAUGCCCUGGAUGAGAAGAACACACAAUAAAGUACUAAGAAGAAUACAAUAGAAUAAAAAGUAUAAAAGGAAUAUUUACAAGUGCGCAAGCUGCUGUCAGAGUGUAAACAUAUGCAACGGAGAAUAAGCCAGUGGGAUAGAUGAGAUAUAAUUGCCAUGAUAUCGCACAUCACUUCAUUCUUUACUCACCUGAGCUUGGCUUAAUGCAACAUCUGUCACAUCUUCUCCACCCCUUUCAGGUACCAGGGUCGUGAGGGCUGGGCCCCUGCCUCCUACCUGAAGAAGUCUGACAUCCAGAGUCAGAGGCAGUCAGCAGGUGGAGCGGCUCAUGCCAGCACCAACGACCUGGAGGGAGUUGCUAAACAGAACCAGCAGAACAACGCAGCCAAAGAGAGCCGAGACAACAACCAGAAAGAAAACAGACUCUCCUUCUUCUCUGAUAAAAGUAAUUUUAAAUCAAAACACUCAAACUUUUCUAUAUGCUGCUGGUGUCAUAUUCAAAGAUCAACACUCCUACAUGCUAUUCAUGCACAGCCAGUAUCAGUUAAUCCAGUUUGCACACUAUUGUCUCUGCACUGUCGCUUUGCAUCGAAUUAAAUCAAGUUUAUUGAUCACCUUUUCCCUCCACAGAAGUGGGAUCCAGGCACAGACCUCCUCCACGCAGAGAUCUAACUAUCGUGAGAAAUCCACUUUUCAUCAUACAUCGACAGAAAUUCUGUUUUACUGGGGGGAAAAAAACUGACAUCUUCACCUUUUUAUGUCUUUCUCUCAUCCUUCAGCCGCGUGGUGCGAACCUGCCCAAGCCGCCUGUUCCUCCUCAGGUUGAGGAAGAGUUCUACACCAUAGCGGACUUUCAGACCACCAUCCCCGAUGGUAUUAGCUUCCAAGCCGGAAUCAAAGUCGAGGUAGGUUCAGUAUUGUCUUAAACUGUACUGAAUUUGAAUCCAGAGUUAAAGCUGCUGUAAGGAGUUUUUUUAUUGUCAAUGAAAGAGGCAGAAAUUUGUAUUUAUGACUUUUUAUGAUAUCCAAAAGCAAACAGAUAACCAACAGUCAAAUCAAAUCAAUCUUUAUUUAUAGAACAUUUUCAGGUAUGGACAUACAACACAAAGUGCUUUACACAGAAAAAAUAAAAACGUAGACAAACAAUUACAGAGAAAGCCCCUCUCUGAACCUGAAAAAAACCUGAAAAAUAAGUUAAAAAAAUGAGCAGCUUAAAAGGAUAAAAACACAUUAGAUAAUAAAUGAAAUAGUACCACUAAUAGGUCAAACAAAUAAAAUUAUUUAAGAUUAAUAUAAUCUUAAAAAACAAGAUGGAAGCAACACACAAAGUAAAACCAAAACAAAUUUAAUUAAAAAAAUAAAAUAAAACACAUAAGAAUGUGACAGUGACAGAGUUCCUCACAGGAGCCUUCAGCUUUAGUUUUUAUAGAUGUACAUUCAUAGAUGUUGACCCGUCUCUUUAGAUUAUUGAAAAGAAAGUUUCUUUCUUAUUCAUUUUUUCUUCUUUAUUAAUCUCAAACUUUAAGAACAACAACAACAAAAAACAACUUAAAACAAAAACACAGAGCAAAAUAAUACAUAUGAACAGCAAACAUCUGUAUGUCAAAGAUAAAUUUACAGCAUGUGUAUGUCAAAAACAAACAGUUUGAGAAGGAACAGAAUAAAGCAAAGAGCUCAUUAUCUAGUCCAGCCCCUUCCUUGCAAAUCAGAACCAAUAAUGAAUGAGAAAAAAAAGUCAAAGUCAAACAAAGUUGCUCCUUUUUAUCUACCAGGUGAUUGAGAAGAAUGCCAGUGGUUGGUGGUACAUCCAGAUAGAGGACAAAGAGGGCUGGGCCCCUGCCAACUUUAUCGACAAAUACAAGAAGACCAGUAACGCCCUGCGCCCCAACUUCCUCGCCCCUCUGCCCAAUGAGAUGGAGAAGCUGAGAUUGGAGGACGGUGGUUCUACAAAUCCUUCAGGCACAGAUGACAGCUGGUCUAAACCUUUACCAGAUGAGCCAACCACAGCCCCUGAGUCCUGUACCCGGCCCAAGCUAAGAGACUGGAAAUCCAGUGCCAGCAAGGGGGCCACAACCUUCUCUGGACCUUUACCCCCGGCCCCAGCUGCUCCACCAGCCGAGGAGAAACCAGCCCUGCCUCCUCGGAGGGAGUCCAUCCAUAAAAGCUUUGAAAUAGAAAUAGCAGAGAAAUCCAGAUCUGACCAUUCCAAACCUUUGCCACCAAAACCUCCAGCACCUGGGGUCAUCGUGCCAUUAGUGGCCCCCAAAGCACCCCCCUUCAAGCCUGAAAAACCAGCUGAGGCCAAGAAAGAGGAUAAAAGUAAAGCCCUUCACCUUCGUAAUGAGAUGGGUCUUGAAUGCGGCCAUAAGGUUUCAGCCAAAGAGGUGAAGAAGUUUAAUUUGAAGCCGGUCCCCAAACAGCCUCCAAAACCCAAACCAGAAGUUCAGGAGGAGAAACCUGAAGCUGCUGGUCCAGCAGUGUUCAUGAAGGCAAAGCCGGUCAUCAGACCCAAACCCGUGCCUGCUGCAAAACCAGAUCCUCCAGCGGAGAACAAACUGGACAUCACAAACCUGAGGAGCAAGCUGAGGCCAUCGAAACCUUCAGAUCCCGGCUCGGCUGAAGGGAACCAGCAGAACGGCACCUCCUCAGCUGUGAACAGUUCACCCCCCAGUUCCUCCCCCAUCCAUAUGCCUGCUCUCAACAACAGCAAGUCCUGUGACGAGCCAAGACUCCCCCCAAAACACAUCAACGGCCACAGCCAGGAGAGCUCACCACCCCCUGCAAAACCAGCAGUACCCCCUCAUAAGGAGCCCCCUCAGAGACCCCCCAGCAUGGUUCCUAGAAGACCCCCUCCCCCAAAGAAAGAGAGCCCAUCCAGCCCAACUGAGACCAAACCCCCACCUGCUCUAAAAGAAGCCCUGGACUCUCCAAAGUCUACACCACCCCAGCUCAGCAGACCCCCUCCUCCUAAACCCAAAGGGUUCCCUCAGCCUCCUUUAAACAAAGAGAAAGAAGAACCCAAAGUGAACAAAGUCCCCAUUCCCCCCAAACCCCAGCUGAAGAGCGAGAAGCCCGGCCCACCCAAGGACAAGCUCCCACCUUUACUCAAAGAGCCCAGUAAGGACGAGCUGUACCUGGCUGUGGCCGACUUUGAAGGGGAUGAAAACACAUCCAGCUUCAAGGUGGGUACGGUGUUUGAGGUUCUGGAGAAAAACAGCAGCGGCUGGUGGUUCUGCAAAAACGUAGGAGAAGAAGCCGAGGGCUGGAUCCCCUCGAAUUAUCUGAGCAAGAAACCUUAGUGUGAAGAUGCUCUGAAGACCAUCGCCAUACGAAUCAAAAAUCUUAAAAUAUCACUACUUUUUAGCUUGUUAGCAUUGUUUUUAUUUAUAGGUACCUUUUUUAAUAGAUUUUUUUAGAUUGUGUUUUAUUUUGAUAAAAGUAUUCUACCUAAACUGAACCAGCAAUAACACAUCGCCUCGUCAGGUCUUGUGAUGUUUACUUUUUUGGUUUGAUGAAAUCUUAGGUGAAAAGGUUAGACACUAUAGCAGCAGUAAAUGUAUCUCCAACCAUGCCUUCUAUUAUACAGUGCCUCUUUAUUAUAUGCAAAGUGCUUCAGUGCUUAAUAUACUGUAUGCAACUGUAGACGUAGUCCUCGGUGGAAUCUGAAUUAAAAAAAAAAAAUCUUUAAAUAAACAUCAAAAAUCGCAGGAGAAAAAGUUCAAAUCUUGAGUCCCGAAAAAAAAACAACUGCACAUGAACUCACCGAGGGAGUUCAGCGACUAUAUCUGGGCUUUCAAAAGCUACAAGCAAUCACUUAUAGAGAUGUCUUUGCCAAGUAGGAGUGCUGUUUGUUAUACUAGAGACAUGCAUAUUAGUUUUUUGUGCUAUCGUAACGCUUUCUUUGUUGACUGCAGAAUUAACGUUGCAGUGACUUGUAACAGAUGUGCACUUUUUCAAUCAUUUCACGUGAGGUCAGUUUAAGGUUUGCACAUGCGUGAAGGAAGAGGAGGAAUGCCACGGUGCGUCUUUUUUUUUCUUAGUUUUAUCAUUAUUUCUGAGUUUGUUUUUUUUUAUACCAACUGUAUCCACUAGUUUGAAGGAAAAAGUUACAAAAGAGAAAGGAAAAAAAUUAGGAUUGUUGAUGAAAGAAAAGAGAAUUGGAGAUCUACAGUGUUUUGUGCAACGAUAUACAGUAUUGUAAGUGUACAGUCUGUUCUUAACCGAAGUUUGGUGCUCAAAUAACAGCAAAGUAUGACCAUUGUAUAAAAUAAUGUUUUACUUUGAUGCUUGACUGGUCUCAAGCAUGGUCAGUACAACAAAUUAUUUUUAUUGUACAGAAAUGAGAGGCAUAUCUUCGCUGUUGUCACUUUUUCUUUAAGGACCAUUUUUAACUCUGUAAUGAUGAGGAGGUAAGAGAGGGCAAAGAGAGUGUGGAUGAUUGAUUUAUUGGGUUUGUCUUUACAAGAAAUGCAAAAAAAUGUUGUUGUUUUUUCUUUUUUUUUGAGAGAAAUGAAUAAAUCCAGAGAAGGUGGGGAAAGGUUGGUGCUUUUCCACAAGUGGUCCAGACGACAUUUUAACCAAAAGUUUUGAAUUUUCAGGUGAAGUUAAAGUAUAGGGGUAAAAACUGUGUUCAUAAAAAACAGUCAGACAAGGCUAAAAGCUGUCACAGUGAUACUGUCCUGCUUCUAGUCGCUUUAGUGUAAUCCCACCUUCUACCAUGUCUCAUAUGGAAAAAAUUAAGCAAAACAGAAUCUCAGAUUAACCCAAAACUCAAUUAUUUGGAGUGGUUUUAUGGACAAAAGUAAGAAGGGUACGGAAAAGUGUAAAGGCAAGUGGGCUUCCAUGUGUCAUCAUUUCAUAGUGUAAUCUUGUUUACUUUUUUCUUUGUAUUUCUCUUUAUCUUUUACUUUAAAUCAAUAAAAGUUUCAGCCUUUUCAGUACAGAUGUCGUUUUUGCGAUUGUUGCUGGUUACGAUACAGGCCUCACAGUCUACUGUCGAGCUUUGGUAUCAUUCACCCGUCUUUGGUGAUAACUUGUUUACUUUGAACCAAAUGUCAACUUUUCCCUGUUCUCGAUUUAUUUGAGAAGCCUGUUUGUGUUCAACUUCACCAGAUUGAAAAGGUCUGAAUCAGCAAACAAGCUGACAAUGCGUUAGAUGUGGUCAUGUGUCAUUUGUCGUCCAAUAACUGGAAGGUUGUCGGUUUGACUCCCCCUUAUCCCUAGUCCAAGGGGUGGGCAAUCAUGUGCCAUGGAGGGCCGAGAGGCUGCAGGUUUUCUUUCCAACCCAAAACUGAUUAGUCUCUGCUCUCUGCUUGGAGGUAAGGUAAUCAGUGAAAUCACCUGGUGGAGUUUUGGGUUGGAAAGAAAACCUGCAUCCUCUCGGCCCUCCAUGGCACAUGAUUGCCCACCCCUGGACUAGUCUGUCUGUUGUGUCCUUGGGCGAGAAACUUAACCCACCUCACUCCAAGUGUGUAUGAUUGUGAUUGUUGCGUUAUGGUGGUCGGAGAGGCUGUAGGCGCAAUCUAGCAGCCCUGUUUCAGUCUGCCUCAGGUUGUAAGGUAGUCUACCACCACCAGGGUGUGACUGUGUGAGUGAAUGAAUGAUGUAUCCUAUGUAAAGUGCUCUGAGGGUCGCUGAUAAAGCGGUGUAUGAAAUCUGAUGCAUUAUUAUUAUUCAUUUAUGUGUUAUAUGAUAUAUUUAAUAGAAAAAGUAAAGGCCCCAGGAUUGAGCCUUGGGGAACCCCACAUGAAAUCAAUCCAUAGUCCAAUGCAGUUGUCCUAAAC